GUCUGCGUACGUGGGAGCCCGGGAGGAGCAGCGCGCAGCGCGGGAGGCGGGCAUGGAAGGCUGAGCGGAGCUGCCUCUGCAAGCAGCAAUAAUGUGGCUGACUCCCGAGGAGGUGCUGCUAAAGAACGCGCUGAAGCUGUGGGUCUUGGAGCGCUCCAACCGGUACUUCGUCCUGCAGAGGAGGAGAGGCUGUGGGGAGGAAGGCGGAGGAGGGCUCACCGGUAAGGUAGCGGCUCCCUCCCUCUCCCUCUUUUCCGCCCCUCCCGGUUAGAUUCCUCCCUUGCAUUCUCACUACAACCCUGCGAGGGAGCCCGGGCUAGACUGAGAGUUAUUGCUUUGCGCCUGCAAGGGCAAGCUGGGAUUUCAACUCGGGUCUUCUCCCUCCCUUUCCCCUUCCCCCUCCCCACGCGCUCUGUGUCCUCACAACAGCCCUGAGAGGUAGGUUAGGCUGAGAGCUAAGGCCGCACACCAGGUGAGCUCUAGGGUGAGAUCCGGGUAUGGGUCUUUCCCUCCACACCUGAUUUGAUUCCAACAAGCACCUUGGAGAGGCAGGUAGAUUAAUGCUGAUUUGAUUCCAACAAGCACCUUGGACAUGCAGGGGGGAUUCGAAUCCGUGUCCCCCUUCUUGGCCCCGAGGUGCCCUAGUCCGCUUCUCCACACCAGUUCUUUUUGCACCCUGGCUGUGGUGGGGUUCUGAGUGCAGACGAGGUGGUCAGCUGUCCAGGAAGGCAAAAACAGUCCCACCUAUGAAUCUGCCCAAAGGACCUGUCUAGUCCAUAUGCGGGGUGGAGUGGGGGGUUCUUUCAUCUUCCAGAUGUUGCUGAACUUCAACUUACACCAGCCCCAGCAAAUAAGGGCAGCAGCCAGGAAUGGUGGGAGCUGUAGUUCAUCGACAUCUGGAAGACCAAAGGUUCCCCUACACAUGGCCUAAUGCAACACCUCCUUAUGCCCUGCAUAUUGUUUCCAGCAGUAGCCAUUCAGAUAUUUUUAGGAAAAGCCCAGAAGCAGGGUUCAAAGCCAUCAUCUGGUAGUUGCGAGGGUUUACUGACUACUCCUGAACAGGGAAGCUCUAUGCAACUGUUGUGGCUAAUGGUUUUCUAUAUAGUAUGUCUCAAGCACUUGCUGUUCAAGAGGUAUACUGCUGCCGAAGUUGGAGGCUCCAUGGGACCACCUCUGAAUUAAUCUACUUUCUUAAAAAAAAUGUGGGGGGAACAGUAUAAUUUAUUGGCUAUUUGCAGUGUUUUGUGGCAGUCAGUUCCAUAGGUUUUAACUAGCUUGGUGUGAAGCAGUGUUUUAUUCUGCCUCUUGUCCACUCUGAGCCUGGUACCGCCUUUUUGCCCUUGAAGUGAAGAGACCAGCAGGUGAAGCUUUUGGACUGUGGGAUAAAAGCUUGCUUACCUGCUAAUGUCUCGAGAAGCAGGUGCAUUUAAGAGCACAGGAGGGAGCAGAUUAGCAAACCUUUGCAAAAGAAAACACUUUCUAGUUCUCAGCUUGGUAUGGUGUUGCUGCUGCCGUCAUUUUUAACUGGCUGUGUUCUGGUGUGCUUAAAAGUUCUAGCUUGCUAAGAUGACCACGGGGUGUCGCCACCUUCUUAAUAAUAGUAAUAAUAAUAAUAAUGGGCAGGCAACUGGUUUCUUGCAGAGAUGUGUGAAAGAUCGCAGUGGGCAGCCGAAGUUUCCCCCCAUUUCUGCAUCUCCGGGUCAAGAAUAGAUUCUGUUGCUGGCGUUUUCCAUAGCAUGGCAGCUCUUAAAACACCUAGGAAGCAAAGCAAACAAAUGAACAAAAUAAAAGAAUACCUGGUAACCCCUGAUUCUAAGUGAGGACAAGGGUUCCUAUGCUUUUAUUCAUUCAUUUAUUAAAUGUAUACCCCGCUCUUUCUCCCCAAGGAGCCCAGGGUGGUAAACAAACAAGCAAUAAAACAAUAGAAACAUCUAAAAGCCGUUCCAAUACAGAUGCAGUCAGGGGAGGGAACUCUGCUAUUAAAAGGCUUUUUGGAAGAGGAAGGUCUUCAGCAGGUGCCAAAAAGACAGUGUCUGCUGAAUAGUCAAGGGAAGAAAAUUAAUAGAAUUAUUGAGUUGAAAGGGACCGUAAGGGUCAUCUAGUUCAUCCCCCUGCAAUUCAGGAAUCUUUCACCCAACAUGGGGCUCGAACCCAUGUCCAUGAAAUUAAGAGUCUUCUGCUCUACCGACUAAGCAGGAGCCACCACACUAAAGACCCUGCUCCUACAUUUUGUGGAAUGAAUCCCCUGAUAAGACCUGGUGUCUGCAGGAGGCCCUCACCUACAGAACAUGGCCGUUGAUUGAGUAUAUAAGGGAUGAGACAAUUUUUCAUAACAGCUAUGUAGAAUAAAUUGCUUCUCUUGGUCAGGCGAAAUUCUACUUAAUUGUUGUUCGUUCAGUUUGAUUGUUGCUGUUCCUGUCAUUACGCUUUCCUCGCUUUUCCAAAUGAGCUCAAGGCAACAUUUAAAACUCCUGUUAUAACUACUCAUAAGUGUGUCUUCAAUCUGCAUGGCAGUUUCACAAAGCACAAGAGGGCAGGCCCCUGCCCCAAGGCAUUUACAAUCUGAACGUUUGCUGUAGGACAAACCACAGAGAAAGGAGAGCCAAUUGGAGGCAGGGAAAGCAAUUUUCCAGUUGCAUCUUUUUUUCAAUUGUGUGUACUGAGGAUUAGUUACAGUGUGGAACAGGGACUGAAGAAUAACAAAAACCAAGGGCAGAGAAUCCUUGUCAAGCCUGCAGGCCUCAUACCCUUCUGCAACAUCCUUCAAGGGCCACAUGCAGGUGUGGAGAAGUUGAGUGCAUUUUAACUUUGCAUGGUAGGCUAGUUUUUUCACGCACUACAUCAUCCAUCCUGGGAAGCAAGAAGCUGAGACUCUUAAUCUUAGCCCCACGUUGGUAAAAGUUUUUCCUGCAUUGCACGGGGUUGGAUUCGAUGACUCUCGUGGUCCCUUCCCACUCUUCAAUUCUGUGAUUCCAGCCAGGCAAAAAAGCACUUGUGGUGUGAAGCAAGACCAGUCAGGGUCUUGAGAUUGAUCUAAGGAUACAAAUGGAGAUGGAUGGAGAGCCUCCACCAGCCCCCAGGCUUCACAUUCCCUGCCCUGAUUAAAAAAAAACCGCCCGCAUCUAAUUCAGUGUUCUGUUCCCGUGUUCUGGACAUGAUGUUGAUGACUGUCCAUGUUCUUCCCCAGCACCUGGUGAGUUCAGAGAUACAUGGCCACUGAAUGUGAAGGUUCAAUUAAGCUAACAAAGCAAAGAGCCUUUAAUAAUUGAAUCCCCGCCCCCCCUUCAGUUUGAUGAACACUUAAAAAAAGCACACACAAAAGAGUUACUGGCCAUCUAAGUUGGUGCUGGUGAAAUUCCAUGAGCUGAUUAUGCAUUGUGUGUGGGGGAAAUGUGUUUCUUUUGUCAGUCUGCUUGGCUGCUUGCCUGCCACCCAUUAGUUUUGUUGCAUGGACCAGUAGGGUCAGCAGCUGCAGUGGCUCAUCACGCGUGGAGGAGAAUGAACUUGGAGCUUCCUCUGCGGAAAUGCCUCUGCUUCUGUGCUGAGCUGUAGCUCAAGCUCAGCAUGCAGAAGAUCCCAGGUUCAGUUUGCAGGUAAGGCUGAGAGAGACUCCCUCCUGAGACCCUGGAGAUCAGCUGCCGGUCAGUGUAGGUGAUGCUCAGCUAGGUUGGCCCAAUGGUCUUACUCAGCAUAAGGCAGUAUGUUACCUAUGUUUGGGGUAUAGCCCUCCCCACUGGAAAGCCUGCAGGUGAGAUAACUACCUAAAUACCUGUGCCCCGGUUCAGUUGCCUCCUAGGGAUUGCAUCCGCAACAGAAACAGCAUGUUGAGAAGCAAAAGCAGCAUGUAGAAUCAGGAUGGCCUGACUGUGGUGCUAAAAGUAAGUUACAUUGCACACACCCCAGCACACACUUGCUAAACAUGCUUGUUCAGAAGAAACGCCAGCCCCAUUCAGUACAUUGCAAAGGUUUGUUUGUUUGUUUGCUUGUUUAUUCAUAAUUCAUUUUUAUACCACUGCCUUACAUCCCAGGCAAGCGUUCAAACUUAUCUCCUUAAGGCCAGUACAGUAAAACCAGAAAAUGCAAAUUAUCCACAGCAGAUGAACAGUGGCAUCAAAUACUUGAGUAAAUAAGUAUUGAACAAGCAUCUAAACCACAGAUGGGGAACCUGCACUACUCUGGAUGCUGCUGAACUCCAACUCCCAUCAGUCCCAGCCUGCCUGGCCAGUAGUUGGGAAUGAUGGGACUUGGAGUCUGGAGAGGCACAUGUUCCCCAUCCUGAGUCGAAGCCCAAGCAAGGUCGCCUUGGGACUUUAUUCCAAAAGGUGGGUGCCAACAUGGGGGGGGGGGACCUUUCUCCUAGUUGUCUCCAGAUGGAUCUGCACAGGCUGCAGGUCAGUUAGAAGGCCUGAUCUAACAAUUGUAGUGAACCGAACAUCUAUACUGGGGAAAGGGAUUCCCCCAGACAAUGUGGUCCAAGGUUGUUACGGGAAUUCGUUUACCUUCAACAGUAUUGGAACUUGGCAUGUUAGCAAAUUGGCAGCCUGUGCAAUGUUUUAAGCAACAUGCUUAUGACCAAUUGUUCCAGUCGCCAUUGUUCUUCCCCAGCUACAGCUUCUGGUUCAAACCCAAAGAACCAUUAGUCAUAGGUUAAAGAGAAAGCUGCUCUAUAUUAGGGCUAACUAUCUGUACAUUGGACACGGGUGGCGCUGUAGUCUAAACCACUGAGCCUUGGGCUUGCCGUUCAGAAGGUCGGUGGUUUGAAUCCCCGCGACGGGUUGAGCUCCCGUUGCUCGGUCCCUGCUCCUGCCAACCUAGCAGUUCGAAAGCACGUCAAAGUGCAAGUAGAUAAAUAGGUACCGCUCCGGCAGGAAGGUAAAGGGUGUUUCCGCGCGCUGCUCUGGUUCGCCAGAAGCGGCUUAGUCAUGCUGGCCACAUGACCCGGAAGCUGUACGUCGGCUCCCUCGGCCAGUAAAGCGAGAUGAGCGCUGCAACCCCAGAGUCAGCUACGAGUGGACCUAAUGGUCAGGGGUCUCUUUACCUUUACCUUUAUCUGUACAUCUCAAAAAAAAAAAAAAAUCAACUUGUUGUUUUAAAAGAAAAGAUCAGGUUGCAGGUGAUGUGGAAAACCGCCCUCUGCCUGCAGUCCUGGAGAGCUACUGCCAAUCUCGGGGUACAACCUGAGCUACCUGCACAAAGAGCCUUACCUGGUCUGAGGCAGUUUCCAGUAAGCCAAUAUUGCCUUCUCUGUUUGUUGGGGGGGGGUGCACCCUGAAGCUGUCACAGAGUUUGCAACUAAUGGCCCAGUUCUUCCUGGCUUUCAACCUUAAUCCACUGCGCAACACCUGCUCUCAAAGCAGGUGGUUGUUUGAGUGAGGCAGCAGCAGCAGCAUGCUUUGUCAGAAAAAAAUGGCUUGCUUCUGCUGCUGAUGCAACCCCCAGGAGGCUGUUGAACUGGGCCACAUGCAUCUUGCUUGUGUGCUGUGCUUCCUAUAAGCAGUGGAGAGUGUUGCCCCGUUUUUGUCCUUGCAAUCGCCACGUGCAUAGGGUUAUGCCUGCUAUGCGGAUCCAUCCAAAGGCGUCACCAGCCCAUCGGCACAGCCACCUACGCUUGCGUUAGUCAUUUGUAGCAGAUUGAUGGCCUGUAAUAGGGCGUGGGUUGGGGAGGGGUAGGAACCUGUCCUUUUCUAAUGGACAAACUCUCUUCUAUGCCUGGAAGCGAUUGGUACCCACCACAGGCUGCCAGGCAAGUGGGCAUUUGCAAGGCUGAUGAGACUCACCCAGAGCAUGAACCUUAAUAAAGCAACUCUUUAUCUCAGGUAACAUAAUGAUCACAAAUGCAUUAUACACAUACAUAUGCACACGUACAGACACACUUGCUAGCGUCGCUUUUUGGCUUUGGGGGAUACCUAGCUAUGAUAUUUUACUCCGCGCUUUUGAAACUUUAAUGAGCUUGCCUGUUGGUGUGAGGCCAGGAUCUUGGAGUUUGCAGUUUGUUUUAUAUUGAAUAGUGCCAAAGGGGAUGUAGAAAGAAUAAUUUAGCUGGAAGCACUGUAGCUAGCUUUGAGUCACGGAGAUUCCACCCCCCCCACCUUGCUUUAUGACUAAUAUUGCAGUUAGAAACUGUGUUUUUAUCUGGUGAAAGGCGGUAAUCCGGUAAUCAGUGCAAAUGCUUUCUGCCAAAAUUCAUACCCUCUAUAUUAAUAUAGGAUCUUCAGUUCUGGGACUUAAAGAAAAUAACAUCACAUCUUUUAAUUAUUUCCUCUGCACAAUUUUUUCAUUGAUAAGUAUGUUGUGUGAGACAGAGUCAGUGUAUAGGCCUGAGGUUGUGGGGGGAUACCGUUGGAAUCCCAUUAUUCCUGAGCUUGCUGUCUGGGGGCUGAUGGGAGUUGGGAUCCAAAAUCUGGAGGCUCACAUUUCCCCCCACCUCUGAUUCAGGCAAAAGUUGAGUAGUCUUCAUUUGGCACCCACAGAAGUUAUUUCAAUUUCACUUAGGGCAGUGAAGGAGGGCAGGUCAUUGGGGUGAUGGGCGUUGUAGUCCCAACAACCGCUAGCGACCCAAAUUUGAGAAACACUGACUUAGGGUUAUAUCCUCUACGUACUCAAUGGAUUGAUCUAUUGAAAACAUUCUGCAAUUGAUUUUUAAAAGGUUCCCCAAAUCAGAUCUAAUCUAUUAAAAGUUUUUUAAAGGAAGAUGUGAGGGGAAAUAGAAUUACCUUUCCCCAAAAUUAUGGCUUCUGCAGUCGCAUGUGUGCAAAAUAUGCUUUCCCCACCCCCCCACCCCUUUUCCCCCUCACAUGCAGUUUUAAUCAAACUAUUGGUUGGUUGAGUGAAAGUCUUAUGAUUAGUUGACUUGCCCACACACACAAAGCGAUGAGCUAGCAGAAUGUACUGUCUUCUGAUGGCAAGUGGUCAGGAAGGAUGGGAGUUGUAGUCCCAACAACAUCUUAGAGGACAACCUGAUGAUUACUCUUACAAACCAUAGGUUAAAAGCAAACAUAGACUGCCACUUAGAACUUACUAUAAUGGGCAUGUAGCCGUUUGGACAGCCUCCAGAUUGCUGUGGGAGGCCAGCGAGCAGGACACGAGCCCAAGAGCACUUUCCCCUCCUGCCACUUCCAAGCAGUUGGUGUUCAGAAACGUCUAUACCUCUGACAGUGGAGGCAGAACAGAGACAUUGUGACUGGUAACCAUUCUCCUCCAUGAAUAAUUUUCUGAGAGGGAUUCAGUCAGAUUCCAGAAAUUUUAAAAGGUAAAGGGACCCCUGACCAUUAGGUCCAGUCGUGACCGACUCUGGGGUUGCGGCGCUCAUCUCGCUUUACUGGCCGAGGGAGCCAGCGUACAGCUUCCGGGUCAUGUGGCCAGCAUGACUAAGCUGCUUCUGGCGAACCAGAGCAGCGCACGGAAACGCUGUUUACCUUCCCGCCAAAGUGGUACCUAUUUAUCUACUUGCACUUUGAUGUGCUUUCGAACUGCUAGGUUGGCAGGAGCCAGGGACCGAGCAACGGGAGCUCACCCCGUCGCGGGGAUUUUUAUUUUAAUAUUAUCCUUCAUUACCUUAAUUUGCUGUGUGCAAUGCAAAUGUUACUAUGAUUAGAUUUUAAUUUUUUAAAAAAUGUAUAAUUUCAAGUUUCAAGGUGUCGUAUUUACAACAUAUUUCUCUACUAGGACAUAGGUAGAAAUAUCGGUACAUAAAAAGAACUCUGCAUCUUUCUUUUUGUUUACUUAAAGAAGGUAGAUUUCCAGGAGGGCACUGAGUAAUUUCUUUCUUUAUUUCUGAAAAAGGGGCGGUAGACCAAAUAAGUUUGGGAGCCUCUGGGAUAAACUAAAGAGUACAGGAUAAACUAUUGAUUGAUGUCGACAAGUCUAACCUCUGCGCCAGCAAAUCAGGAUAGAUUGCUCAAUGAACAGCUUGCCUGGCAAACCCACCACCAUGCCAUUUUCAAUCAUUCGUUGCCCAGGCAAACAGGAAAGUUUCUGUCAACUUUAAUUGGUUUUCCUCCCCUUGCUGAAGCAGGCAUGUGUGAGGGAAAGAGGCAGUGCGUAAGUUUGCGAGGUAAUUUGCAAGCCGCCUUUUCAUGCUGACGAAAUGUCGCCCCUCUUGAUUUGAUACGGAGCAUGUUUUGGUGUUUCAAGAACACUUCCUUUUCCAGAGACGUUGCCGUAAGAAGCUGCCUUUGGGAGUUCUGCAUUCUGGGAAACAUGGACUAGUACCAUUGCCCUAUAGUAUGAUCAUUAUGGGAACUGGGCAACGGGAAUAGAUUAGAAGGUGUUCUGAUAAAAGAAGUCUCUGCGAAGAUGGAGGCAGCUGCAAAACGCGCCUGGCGAGAUGAAUAAUUCAGCAAGGAAGCGUUCUUCCAAUGAAUCUAGAUGUAAUCCGUAAUGUCGCGGUUAAGGGCUCUGAAGUGGAGGGGAAGAUUAGAUUACACAUGCAGGAAAAGCAAUAGUUCUAGUUUCCGGACUGCAAGCGUUAUCUCUCUCCCUCCCUGAAAUGAAAUUCAAAUCUGGUUCUGUGUUUGAGGAGCGCGUUCCUCUGAUGCUAGGCCUCCUCACCUGCUGCUGGGCCCCCACAGGUUUAUCUGGCACUGACAGAUUUGAGCAAUGCAACAAGCCAAGCUAGUAGAUUUCAUUGGAGCCAGAGUUGGCACCUGGCUUUGCUGGGCAACCUCCAAUGGCUCCUCCACCACCUACUGCUGAUGAAUACCUAGCAUUCUGAGCAGUGCUGGGAUGAAUUUCCCCACAAUCCCCUGGGGUGAUGCUAUGUCAGGUCAUUUGGAGAUCAGCUGGCUGGAGCCCUGGCAACCCCGUCCAACGAUACUAAGUUCUGACGCCGUCCCAGAUGAGGUCUGUCUGCUUGACUCAACUUAUUGAUCCCUCUGUGUGGGUGUUUCAUCCCUUAUCAAACGUUUAAGAGAACCGCAGAUUCGUUUUAGCAACUAAUGGCUAUUCUAAAAUGUUAAGCAAUUGAUCUGUGGUUCCUGUGCAUCGUUGUGGGGUGAGGGGGUGGGGAGUUCAUUUUGCAGCUCCCUCCUCUUAUCAAGCCAGUUUUGGGCUUCAUUGUGUGCUGCAUGUAUCUUGGCAUGAGCAGCAGGAAGUGGUGGGGGAGAAUCGGUUGAGAAAAGAUGCUCUCACCCAUAACCCCCUCGCACUACGAGUUCGGGCUCAUCCAGUGUACCUGGUCAUUGGUUAGUUCAGGGUAGGCAAAAUGUUAGUGCUCCUUUCACAGAAUUCUGCAGAAUUCAAUGCCACAAGGGCAGGUCACUCCAGAUCUGUUAGUCAUGUUGACUACAUGCAACCUCCCUUUUCAGAGACGGACAGUGAACUUCUGUUUACCAGAUGGCUAGAACUGAGUACAAGAAGCUGGUUGCUUAUAGCCUUCCUAGAGGCACCUGGUUGGGAGCUGUUGGACAGGAACCAUGGACUGAAUAGACCACUGAUCCAGCGCAGGAGGACGGUUUUUUCUUGUUCCUGUGAUCUAUAAUUUGAAGGCCAACUAUGUGGCAACGAAAUGUAGGGAACAAUCCAUGCUGGCUGGUUAAGCAACAGUCAGUUCCUGAUUUGCAUUUCAGCAGACUCAUGGUGUCGUCAAGUUGAACACUUGGGGUUUUAGGAUUUCCUCUUGUGUAACACACCAUGGAAGCUGGUCCAUUAAUAGGGUACUGCCCCACCAAUCUCAGCCUGCUCUCAGCCAGACUCACUUGCCUGCCUUCUUACAUCCAACCAGUAAGGGGGUGGCUCUGCCCAGCAUUAGCUCUGGCUGUACCUAUGGUCGGUCUCUAGAAGUCCUAAUGGGCCCCAGCUGCCAGUGGUAAUUCAACACGGCUCUUGGUAUCCAGAGAGACAAUGGAGUUCGCCUCUGAGGGGUGAAUUCAAAUUGCUGCAUUUGCAGCACCGAAAUGACCUCUCUGGGACGCAAGCCUGGGCAGUGUGUGUGGACAUCCUGGGCUGCCCAGACAACAAGACCCCCCCUUUUGGUCUCACUGAUGUGUUCCAAAGGAAAGCAGAGCAAGGUGUUUGGCUGGAAGAGUUGCCGGAAGGAGGUGUACAAAGCACCAUUGGUAAUACACACAUGGAAUCAUGCAAUGCAAUGCAAUGUUGCCCAUCCUGAAAAGGCCUCUUAAAAAACUUGAAUGCAUUUUGGGAGAGUUGGUUGCAGGUGGGUUUUCGUGAAUUUCACAAGUUGGAAAAAUGGCAACAUGGGGGGCAAAAUGCCAUUAACUUUUUUGUUUAUGGACCCAUUUUUAAAAUGUAAACUAUUCAGGAAUUUUUGUGAAGGUGGCUACAAAAGGUGAUAUGACAACCUAUGGCAGAUAGGUGUGAUUGCACACAGUAACCAAAAUUGGUGGCUAUGUUCCAACUUAGCCAUCAAGAUAAUAAGAACAAAAGAUGCAGCCCAAUGUUUUGGGAUUCAGCACACUUUUUUUUCACUAGAAAUGCCCACUUGCAACUUAUUCUCCCUUCCCCUCUGGUUAAAAAAAAAGUUUUCACCUUCUUCAAUUUGGAGAGAACAGUCUAGUCCAGUGUUUCCCAAACUUGGGUCUCCAGCUGUUUUGGGACUACAACUCCCAUCAUCCCUAGCUAGCAGGACCCAGUGGUCAAGGAUGAUGGGGAUUGUAGUCCCCAAACAGCUGGAGAUCCAAGUUGUGGAAACCCUGUUCUACUCUAUACUCCAGUCCUUGAAAGCCAGGGAAUGCAAAUACAGCCAGGACACCCGUGAUUCCCACCCUCCCUAGCUAUAGCUAUAGCUAUAGCUAUAGCUGUAUAUGUAUCUAUAGAUAAUACCUACCUUGCUGUUUAACCUUCUUCCAGUACCGUUGUUCCCUAGCCCAGUCCCAAAGCUGGCCCUAUGCACCACUCAGCUGCCAUCUUCCUUGCUCAAGAGUAUACAGCCUUCUCUGGACCAUAUGGAAGGCAAAACCCGGCCUCUAACAGACGCUGCAAACCAUACCUUGUACAGUGGUACCUCUGGUUGCGAACGGGAUCUGUUCCGGAGGCCCGUUCGCAACAUGAAAAGCCCGCAACCUGAAGUGCCGUAUCUGCGCAGGUGUGCGGUGCGAUUUGGCACUUGUGCGCAUGCCCGAGUGGCAAAACCCGGAAGUAACCCUUUCCGGUACUUCCGGGUCGUUGCGGGACACAACCUGAAAAAACGUAACAUGAAGCAAACGUAACAUGAGGUACGACUGUAUAUAUUGUGCUCUCAAGCUUUGUCCUAUAUCCCACAGGCAUCCUGGUGGGGACCCUGGAUGCAGUUUUGGACUCUACAUCAAAAGUUGCCCCUUUUCGCAUCCUGCACCAGACACCAGAUUCUCAAGUCUACUGGUCUAUUGCAUGUGGUGAGUACAUACAAUUCAGAACUGAGCCGAGCUCAGGACGAUGGCAGUGAUAACUUGGGGUGCCUUGUCAUUGUGGGGAAGAAAUGCUGCCCGAUACAGAACCAAGACUUCACUUAGUUUAGCAUGCGGGAGGUGGGGGGAGGUAGGGGGACAUCAAACCUUUGGGUCAGAUCAGGGUUCCCAUCACUUCCCCCCGGUUCUUUGGGAAGGAGGGUUUUUCAGUGGUAGAGAACAUGCUUUGCAUGCAGAAAGACCCAGGAUCAGUCCCUGGCCUCACCAGUUAAAAGGGUCAGGAGGCAAAUGAUGUGGAAAGGCCUCUUCCUGAGACUGUGGAGAGCUACUGCCAGCCAGAACAGGCAGUAUGGAGCUAGAUGGACCAAAUAAUCUAAGGCUCUAUUUGUGCUAUUAUGUUUAAAGCACCACAAUACCACUUUUUAAACAGUCAUAGUUUCCCCCCAAAGAAUUCUGGGAAUUGUAAUUUGCUAAGGUAGGCUGAGAGUUGUGAGGAGACACCCCCGCCCAAUUCCCCUCACAGAGCUACAGUUCCCAGGGAAGAAGGCUUGGCUGUUAAACCGCUCUGGGAAUUGUAGCUCUGUGAGGCAUAGCUGUCAACGUUUCCCUUUUCUUGCGAGGAAUCCUAUUCAGAAUAAGGGAAUUUCCCUUUAAAAAAGGGAAAAGUUGACAGCUAUGCUGUGAGGGGAAUAGGGGAUCUCUUAGCACCCUGGACCAACUACAUCUGCAUGGAUUGUUUGUGGAACCCAUGACCGUUCGAAGCGGUAGCAUGGUGCUUUAAAUCUGUAGCGCAAAUGAGGCUAAAGGCAGCUUCCUAUGUUCCCUUUACAACUGUUUGCAUGUGCUUCUCUUGGAUUCAGUGUGAAGCUAGGGAUUGGGUCCUCCAAGCCAUCCAUGCCCCCCCCCCCCCGGUAUCCCCUCCAUGAGAAAACCAGGUGCUAUUAUAUUAAGUGCAAUGCUUGCCUUGCUAACACUUGAAUCUUGUGUGCUCUGCAACCUCAUGUAGAUAAUUGUUCAGUGACUCCAAGACAAAGGAGAGAGAGUGAUAAAUCCUUCUUAUUGUUUUUUUGUUCAGAAGCACGUCAAGGAUCAUGUUUGUCUUCCCGCACUACCGGGGAGCUGUUUACCAAAGGACGUGUCACCCUAAAGCCAAUGAGAAAUUGUUUUCUGAAGCUCAUCCUCAAGUCCUCUUAAUAGGUUCUCCAUCCCUGAUGUAAGGCCCGCUUGCACUAUACAUUUAAAGCAGCAUCAUACCAGUUUUAGCAGUCAUGGCUUCUGCUGAAGAAUUAUGGGAACUGUAGUGCUGAGAGGUGUUAAGCGACUCACACCACCUCAAAUUCUUCUCUCAGAGUUCCAAUCCCCAGAGUUCCUUGGGAAGAGGGAAUGACUGUGAAACCACUUUGGGAAUUGUCGCUCUGUGAGGGGUAUAGGUGGUCUCCUAACAACUCUCAGGACCCUUAGGAAACUAUAGCUCCCAGAAUUAAUUUAGGGAAUCCAUGACUGCUGAAAGUUACAUGAUACUGCUUUAAAUGCAUAGUACAGAUGGGGCCCUCGAUGAUACUCAGCAAGACAAACAAAAUAUUUGAUUUGCUGUAAGGCAGCCCCCUGUGAUCAUAAGCCUAUUUUCAACUCAAUUUCAAAUACUUCUGAUUCUCCCCCAAGUCCCUUUUCUUGGGGCAACUGCACUAAAAAAGACAGAAGGGCUAACAGAGAAUAAUAUCAGCAGAAUACUCAGUGCUCUUUUUUCUGACUUUGCAACAAGAUAGGAGACGGUCGCUGGGGAAAAGAAAGGGGAAACUCUUGUUUACCCAGCUGGUGUAGGAGCUUCUAGUGUACCCAGUGAAGUUUAUUUAAUACUAGUUAAUGUUUCCUAUCAGGAGCCAGCAGAGAAGAAAUAACAGCGCACUGGGACUGGCUAGAGCAGAAUGUGAUGACGACUCUCUCUGUGUUCGAUUCCAGUGAGGACAUCACCAGCUUUGUGCAUGGGAAGAUCAGAGUACGUUAGAAGCAACUUUGGGACUCUUGUACCCAGUAUUAGGGCUGGGCGAUAUAUCAUCCAAAACGACUUUAAAAUCCACAUCGUGAUAACAGUUUCAUAAUUUUUGACCGGGCAAUAUAUUUCAAAUCAUGAUGUGCGUGUUUGUGUGCUAUGCAAAAAUCACAGUGUGGGGAAAACCAUGAAGCCAGCCAAUGCUUCUCUUGAUUCCUGCAACACCUGUUAACUCUACUGGCUUAGCUCUCCCCUGCCUCAUGGAGGGGGCAGUGGCACCAGCAAAAAUCACAGUAUGGGAGCGGGGGACAGUGAAGCCAAACAGUGCCUCUACAUAGCUCCCUCCUUAUUCCAGACAUUGUAAUAUAUCGGUACAUCACUAUGUUUUGUUGGUGAUAUAUCAAGAUGUUGAAAACCAGAUGUCGCCCAGCUCUACCCAGCAUCCAGGGGCCAUGGUGGAAUGCAGAAAUGUUGCAGAGGGGAGGGUGUUGAAAGGCUCUGGGACUGAAUCUGGACCUCUAGGGCUUGCUGCUUUUCUGCUCUGACAACACUUCUGGGUAGAGGAUAGAGCAGCUAUACAAGGGGGGUUCUGAAAUAAGCCUACUGCCCAUACUUGUUGCUCUGCCUGCUGUUGCCUCUGGCCCCACCCCAAAGCAGUGGCCUGAGGCUCUUGGCUUCAGGGGAGUGACUUGGGUAGAUUACCUGGCGUUCAGCACCUCAUUCACCUUUUUUUCCUAGGGUUUGAUUGCCGAAGAAGGAAAAGGGUCCUUAAUAAGAGAGGAGGAUCCCGAGAAGUUCCGUGAGGCUCACCUGAAGUUCGGGAAGUGUUUCGGGCUACCUGAACAAGAGAAGCUGGUGACGUACUACUCAUGCAGCUACUGGAGAGGCCGGGUGCCCUGUCAAGGAUGGCUGUAUCUGAGCACUAACUUUCUGAGCUUUUACUCCUUCCUACUGGGAGCUGAAAGUAAGUGGAGUCCUGCCGUUCGCCGUGAUUCCCUUGCACGGUGAUGGGUUUCAAAAUGAGCUUUAUGUCUGAAGCUACAAGUGGAUUAAUUAAUAUAUAUAUUUAAAAUACAAUAGUCUAUCAAAAAACAUAAAAUAAAGAUAAAGGGAAGUACAGUGGUAUCUUGGUUCUCGAACUUAAUCCGUUCCGGAAGUCAGUUCCAAAACCAAAGCGUUCCAAAACCAAGGCACACUUUCCCAUGGAAAGUAAUGCAAAAUGGAUUAAUGUGUUCCAGGCUUUUAAAAACAACCCCUAAAACAGCUAUUUAACAUGAAUUUUACUAUCUAACGAGACCAUUGAUCCAUAAAAUGAAAGCAAUAAUAAAUGUUCUGUACUAUAAAAUAAAUAAGACAGCAUUGUAGAUGAUAAAAAUUAAAAUUAUUUUUUUUCUUACCUGCACUGAUUAUAGUCAUUGUUUGGAUGGGGGGCUUUUAUCUAUUUCCACAGUCACACAAUCAAUCAUAAAAUGAAGAACAAGCCACAGACACAAAAAUGAAAAAGCCACACAAACAAAGACGCAAAAAAUAGCAAAAAGAAAAGCACCAAAUAUCACCUCAGAAUACUGCAAUCAGAAAUGGAAUGCUUUAAUUACUUUGGGGGGUGGGAUUUAAAUUUGCUGCUUAAGGGUAAAAUGGGAGUAAAAAAAAGCCUUAAUUACAAUGCGGGGGACUCAAAUUUGCUGUGCAACAGUCAAAACGGAAGCUGAGGAGCACGUUUGGCUUCCAGGGCAAAGUUCGAAAACCGGAACACCUACUUCUGGAUUUGCAGCAUUCGGGUUCUGAGUUGUUCGGGAACUAAGCUGUUUGAAAACCGAGUUACCACUGUAACUGCUUUCUUAAGCAGAAGCGCAGCUUGUAAACCUUGUACCACAAAACAGAUCAGUAUAAUUACACCAUAAACUGUCAAAAAGAAUGAGCAUAUUCCAUUUUAGAAUUCUAAUCUGUACCAAGAUCCCCUCUGCAUUAGCAUCUGAGCACAUGCAGAAACCGCCUUCUUGACCAUUGGACCCACUAUUGUAACUCGCCGAGGGUUUGAGGCCCAUUGGAUACCUCAUCUGGGUUAGCCAACCAGUCAAAUCUGUUUCCAUAUGCCCAUUAGGUCUCUGCAUUUGGAGCAGAGCUUUUCAUUGUGGUUGCCCCGUCUUGUGGGACAGCCUCCCUGUUGAGAUACAACAGGUACCCCACUCCUUAUAGUUUCUAUAGAGACAUAUUUGUUCUGACAACCUUCUCCAGCUGCUGAAUCUACAUCCUGGAUAUUUGUGCUGUCCUUAAAUCUGUUUUCUAGAAGCUGUAGGUUAAACCACAGAGCCUAGGACUUGCCAAUCAGAAGGUCGGCGGUUCGAAUCCCCCGGCGGGGUGAGCUCCCGUUGCUCGGUCCCUGCUCCUGCCAACCUAGCAGUUCGAAAGCACGUCAAAGUGCAAGUAGAUAAAUAGGUACCACUCCAGCGGGAAGGUAAACGGUGUUUCCGUGUGCUGCUCUGGUACGCCAGAAGUGGCUUAGUCAUGCUGGCCACAUGACCCAGAAGCUGUACGCCGGCUCCCUCGGCCAAUAAAGUGAGAUGAACACCGCAACCCCAGGGUCGGCCAUGACUGGACCUAAUGGUCAGAGGUCCCUUUACCUUUACCUUAGAAACUAUUUUAAAAUCUCAUCAACGAUGAGAGUGAAUGCUGCCCAUAGAAAACAAUGAAGAAAUCAAAAUUGGAUUGGAGAAAUCAGUAUGUCCAACCCCAAACUCCUAAAAACAGCCCAAUGAGGAUUGGGCAUUUUCAGGGAGACUGGAAUGCCGAAUGAACAUUGUUGAGGAAGAGGGAUUGAUCUGUGAAUUGUAGCUCUGGGAAGGGAAUGGAGGGUCUCCUGACAACUCUCAGCACCCUUGAGAAACUACAGCUCCCAGAAUUCUUUGGGAGAAACUAUGACCGUUCGAAGGGGCAUCAUCAUCCUUCAAAUGUAUGAUCUGAAUGUGGCCAGAAACACCAGGUUGUUAAAGCUGGACGUGUAGAGCUUAAAAAAGGAAAUUUAAUGCUGUUAUGUUUUAAGGCUAAUGUGAAGCGGUGGUAUCUUUCUGCGGAAACGCAAAGUAUUUCAUGGGAUGCUCCCUUUAGGGUCGAAGGAAAAUAGCUGGCCACCGUGAAGCCGAAAGGCAUGAGCAUAUUUCUUUUGUUCCCACCUGCAGUAAAACUUGUCAUAUCCUGGGAUGAAAUCUCAGUGCUCGAAAAGUCGUCCAACGUCAUCCUGACAGAGAGCAUCCACGUCUGCUCCCGGGGGGAGGAUCACUAUUUUUCCAUGUUCCUGCACAUCACUGAAACGUUCCUUCUCAUGGAGCAGCUGGCUCUGUAUGCUGUUCGAAGACUCUUUGACAAGGAGACGUUCAAUAAUGACCCCGUCCUCCAUGAUCCCCUGCAAAUCACUAAGAGGUAAUGUGUGUGUGUGUGUGUGUGUGUGUGUGUGUGUGUGUAUUAUAAUAAUGAACAAGACCUUCUGCUUCUGCUCGCUUCUAAAGCUGAGCUGGGGAUGAUAUUCGAGUAAGGGGCUGCAACUCAUUGGCAGAGCAUCUGCUUCGCGAGCAGAAGGUGUUGGGUUCAAUCCCCAGCAUCUUCAGGUAGGUCUGGGAUAGACGCCCUGCCUGAAACCCUACACUGCCAGCCUGUGUAGACCAUAUCAGCUAGAUCAGUGCUUCCCAAACUUGGGUCUCCAGCUGUUUUUGGACUACACCUCCCAUCAUCCCUAUCUAACAGCACCAGUGGUCAAGGAUGGUGGGAAUUGUAGUCCAAAAAACAGACCCAAGUUUGGGAAAUACUGAGCUGUCUGACACUGUAUAAAACAGCAUCCUGUGAUCUUCCUAUGAUGGUGAUUUUAUAUUAUUUUUGUACACGACCUAGAGAUUUACAGGCAUUCCACACACACACACACACACACACACACACACACUGACGUGACUUCUAUUCGAGUGCAACCACAUAUAUGUGUAGUGGGGUAAUAAAUGGAAUCAUACCAGGGUAUGGCAGGAGAGCUAGAGAGCCCUUGUGGCUCACGAGGAGACCCUCCCUGGAGCUCAGAAGAGGACUUCAUUGAGGGCGAAGGAAGGCCCGAAGAGUCCAGAGGCUCAGUGGGGCUUUGUUUAGGCCACUUAGCCUCCCCACCUAUGUGUAAUUUUAUUAUGUAGGGACGUUCGUUUUUAAAAACCUGGCCCCCUGCCCUUGUUUUUUGAUCAUUUUAUUAGGCCUACUGUUUUUGUAAAGCCUCUUUUUGGUGGUGUGUUUUUUUAAAAAAAAAUGAAUAUUUUACAGCAUUUUUAAAUGCAAACCACUUAUAAGUUUGUUUAUAUUUUUGAUUGAACGGUGCUUAAAUCUUGCUAAACGAAAGCAAAAUAAACACAGGUAACUUGGAAAGAACCAUGUUUUCUUCCUGCCUCUGUUUUGCAAGACAAACAUAAUUAACCCACCCUACUUCUUUCUUUACCCCGCCCCCUUGUUUUUUCCCCUCCCCAGAGGGCUUGAAAGCAGAGCCCACAGUGAGCAGUUUAAUGCCUUCUUCAGGCUGCCGAAGGAGGAGUGUCUGCGGGAAGUGCACGAGUGUUUCUUAUGGGUGCCUUUCAGCCACUACAAUACUCUGGGGAAAAUGUGCAUCUCGGAGAACUACGUCUGCUUUGCCAGCCAGGAUGGUUGCCUGUGCUGCGUAAUCAUCCCUCUGAGAGAGGUGAGUCAGGUGGGAGCCAAGGCUAAGCCGCCGCCACCUGCCACUCUGUCGUUAAGUCUGCCUCCCCUUCUAGAGUCAAAGCAACUGCAGUCUAGCGAACAUCCAAGUCGAGGGGCUUGUUACUGGGUUUAACUGCUUUUUUUCAUCUUAUUGUUUUACCAGAAGUUGUGAUAUUAUUAUUAUUUUAAUGCUAGGAUCUUAACAACACUUUUGCAGCCCUUUUGAAAUCGUUGGCAGGGCAGGGUGGAGACGCACUCAGUAAAUCAGACUGGUACUUUCUGGCUCUGGGUGCCAGAUGGCCCCAUCCUGGUGCCCCUCCAAAAGACAAAAUAAUAGUAGAAUUGUAAGGGACUACAAGAGCCAUCUAGUCUAACCCCUUACAGUGCAGGACUCUUUUGCCCAACGUGGGGCUUGAACCCACAACCUUGGGAUUAAGAGUCUCAUGCUCUACUGACUGAGCUAUGUUCAGGCAGCAAGCCAGCAACUUACAUGAGGGUUAUGUUCCGGGGAUCGUGUCUAAAGCCAAAUCCACAUAUUAUCAAAACAUUGGAUUCAAUGGCGGGUGGGAUUGCCAAAGUCUUUUUUCCCGUCUCCUUUCUGCUCCCUAUUUAUUUUAUUUUAAUAUUUUUGCCAAGCACGUAAAACUGAAUGUGCAUAAGUCAAAUGUGCUUGUGAGUUGUGGGUUUAGACUCUAUACAUUUAAAGCAUAUCUCGCCCCUGGCAAAGACUCCUGGGAAGUGUAGUUCACCCCACAGAGAGAGAGCUACAGCAACUUAGCAAACUACAUCUCCCAGGAUUCAUUGGGGGAAGCCAUGGUUGUUUAAAGCGGUAUGAUUCUGCUUUGAAAGCAAAAUUAAAAGAGGGCGAACCUCCUGGCCUCAGCUGUAGUGUAAGCCCUAGCUGUCCUCAGAGUGAAUCAGACUUUUGAAGCCUUAACCUCUUGACUAAAUUUAGUGAGAACGAGCCUUGUAAGAGUGGAAUCUUACUGCCAUCUUUGUGCAUGCAAACACUUGCAGGUUGUAUCAGUCGAGGUGUCUGAUCCUGGUAGCAAAGCUGUCAGCAUCGCUACCAGAGGGAAGAGAGCCUUCCGUUUUUCCGAAGUUCGGGAUUUUGAACAACUGGUGGCGACGCUGAAGAGGAAAUGUGAUACCACAGCAAGCCAACAGCAUAGCAUGAGCACAGAGGUAAAGGCUCUGUUUGUCUAAUUCAUUGCAGGACUCUGGGGUGGGGAGGGCGGUCUUUUAUGAUGACUGUGUUCAUUGGAGACACUAUGCUUUUGAACUCCAGUUGCUGGAAAAUGAAGGGGAGGAGAGUUUCUCAGGCCUUGCUUGUGGGCCUCCCAAAAAUGGGCACCUGGGUUGGCCACUGUGAGAAGAAGACUCUGGGCUAGUUGGGUCAUUGAGCUGAUCCAACAGAGUUCUCCUUAUGUUCCUUUGAGUCAGGGGAGAUCAGAAGGUCGGCGGUUCGAAUCCCUGCGACGGGGUGAGCUCCUGUUGCUUGGUCCCUGCUCCUGCCAACCUAGCAGUUCGAAAGCACAUCAAAGUGCAAGUAGAUAAAUAGGUACCACUCCGGCAGGAAGAUAAACGGCGUUUCCGUGCGCUGCUGUGGUUCGCCAGAAGCAGCUUAGUCAUGCUGGCCACAUGACCCGGAAGCUGUACGCUGGCUCCCUCGGCCAAUAAAGCGAGAUGAGCGCCGCAACCCCAGAGUCGGUCACGACUGGACCUAACAGUCGGGGUCCCUUUACCUUUAGCAAACUUUUGGGGACCAGGCACAUGUUUGCAAACUGAAAGAGCUUGUGGUUAGUUCAUAUACCACCUAACGCCAGAACAGGGGGACUUUUCAGAAGGUUUAGGAGGUCACUCGGAAGUGCGCCUGCUUUUUUUACAUCUCUUAAAACACAGCUCCUGUCGUAAAUGCGUUUUUUGCAGGUUGCUGCUGGCUCGAACGCUGAGCCUCUCGCGGACUAUUUUGAGGGGCAGCCGAUGGCAAGCCACAAAGACAACAGCAAGAUGGUUAGUACCGAAGCCCUCAUGACCGUCUUUCACCCUCAGGAUGCGGAGAAUCUGGACGCUAAAAUGGUAAGAAGGAAAAGCAGCUCCCGUUGUUGGAAAUACAUCUAUUCUAUCCCCCCGCACCCCAACUUGUCAUCUUUGCUUACUUCGCAUUUGGUUUUGUUUUAUGCACCUAGAGUUCAUCGUUCUUGUGCACAUUCCACCCCCUCCCCCAAAAUGGGAUCUGCAACAAAAUGUUGCAGUUGUGGUGUGUUCCUGUUCAGGGAGGCAGCCAGGCAACAUCUUCUAGGACACUCCAUUCCAUCCCACCAAGUUUCGCAUCCCUUUCUCCACCCAAGCUGUUCUGUUCCCCCUGAAUGUGCUCAUGACAGAACGUGCUCUAGGACCGAUGGCCAUCAAACCUCUGUUUAAAAACCUCCAUAGAAGGAGAGUCCACCACCUCUCGUGGGAGUCUGUUCCACUGCCAAACAGCUCUGACUGUCAGAAAGUUUUUCUGAAUGUUUAGUCAGAAUCUCCUUUCCUGCGACUUGAAGCCAUUGGUCCAAAGCAGGAGAAAACAAGCAUUCUCCCUCCUUCAUGUGACAGCCUUUAAUAUAUUUGAAGAUAGCUCUCAUAUUUCCUCUCAGUCUCCUCUUUUCCAGGCUAAACAUAACCAGCUCCUUCAAGCGCUCCUCAUAAGGCUUAGUUUCCGGACCCUUGACCAUCUUGGUUGCCUUCCUCUGCACACAUUCCAGUUUGUCAACAUCCUUCUUAAAUUGUGGUGCCCAGAAUUCGACACAGUAUUCCAAGUGUGGUCUGACUAAGGCAGAAUAAAGUGGGACUAUUACUUCCCUUGAUCUGGAUGCUAUACUUCUGUUGAUGCAGCCUAGAAUAGCAUUUGCUUUUUUUGCUGCUGCAUCACACUGUUGACUCAAUGUUAACCUUGUGGUCCACUAAGAUCCCUAGAUCUUUUUCACAUGUACUGCUAGUACAUGAUACCUUGCUUUUCUAGUUGAAAGAAAAAAUGAAGGAGCAGUCCUGGAACAUCCUUUUCGUAGAAUGUGGGCGUGGUGUAAGUAUGUUUCGGACGAGGAGGACGAGGGACCUGCUUGUCAAAGGGAUACCCGAGGUGUUACGAGGAGACCUCUGGCUUCUUUUCUCAGGUACUAGCGGUUGUGUUCUCAUGGCAGUGCACUGUUGUUGUUAUUAUAUUGCAGUGUUAUUUUAUUUAUUCAGGUCGUAUUCCACCCUUCCUCCCAAAGGAGCCCAGGACGGCAGACAUCAAAAUGUUAAAACAAUACAAUUAAAAACAAAACAAGGCAAUUAAAACCAUCUAAAACCUUUUAAAAGCAACCCCGUACCCUAAUUUCAAGGUUGCCAUCUAUGGGCCCAUCAAAAGGUUGGGGUGUAUGGGAAUGCCUUUAAGUUUCCCCCAAAAGCCAGUAGUGAGGGAGACAGGCUUGCCUUGCCAGGGAGGGCAUCCCACAAACGGGGAACCUACAUUGAUAUGAAUAAAUAUUUCCUGGGCAGCUUACAAACAAAAUAGUAUUGAAAAUACAAUAUACAAGGUUGCCUCCAAAGUUAAGGAAUCAAGCGUUCUUAAUACAGUUGUACCUUGGAUCCCUUGGUACUCGAACGCUUUGGCUUCCAAAUGCCACAAACCCGGAAGUGAGUGUUCUGGUUUGCAACGUUCUUUGGAACCCAAACAUCCGACGGGACUUCCAAGGCUUCCGAUUGGCUGCAGGAGCUUCCUGCAGCCAAUUGGAAGCCACGCUUUGGUUUCUGAACGUUUUGGAAGUCGAACGGACAUCCAGAACAGAUUCUGUUCGACUUCCAAGGUACUACUGUAUUUUUCUUGCUUUUCGGAAGGUUUUCAGUUAUGUUAUGUUUAUCUACAUACAGUAUUCAUUAAAAAAAACAACCCCACAAUGCAGCGAGAUUCAGGUAGGUAGCUGUUUUGGUCUGACACAGUCAAAAAAAAUAAAAAAAAAUAAAAAUUGUCCAGUUGCAGUUUGCAACAAUUGUCUGUAAAACUGUCCAAUAAAAACCAUGUAACAUACUAAACAUUAAGGUGUAUGUGUGUAUAUAUAUAGGCAAUACGUAUUUAGACAGAAUUUAAGCUUGGCAUGGGAGAUCUCCUAAAGGCAGUGCAGGGGAUCGAGGUGGGGGCACAGAAUGGGCAAAGUAUAUGUUUAGGUGAGCGAGAAAUAAAAAUAUCAGCAUAUGCUGAUGACAGGAAUCCAGGAAUUGAGGGGCGGGGCAAAUAGAGGACGAGCCCCUUGUUUUGGAGGGAUGCUUCCCCCCCUGGUCCCCCCCUGGGUAUAGCCCCCAAGGGGCUGCAGAGCAGUUAAUAGUUUGGUGCUAGCCCAGUUAAAGAGGAGGGUUGGAAUGAUGGGGGGGGGGAAUUGUGUGACCCACGCAGGAGCACUGCAUGUCAGGAUCCCAGUUUGAGUAGCACUGGCCUGGGUGGUUUAUUCCUAGAAGGCUGCUUAAAAUGAUCCCUGCUGGUGAGCUUUUGCCAACCUAGUGUUGGCCUGUGCUGGCUGGGAGCUAAUGGGAGUUGUAGUUUGGAACGCCUGGAAGGCACCAGGUAGGCAAAGCCGUGAGCCCUUAUUCAGACAUGGUGGCAGGAAUAAGCACACUCGCAGCUUGUUGCAGGGGAAAUGCAAAUGUCCUCUUCCUGGUUGUUCUGUAACAGUGUGACCUAAACACCUUGGCAGGCGCUGUAAAUGACAUGGCUACCAACCCUGGCUAUUACACUGACAUGGUGGAGAGGUCUUUUGGCACCUGCACUUUGGCAACGGAUGAAAUCGAACGUGAUCUGCGCCGCUCCUUGCCUGAGCAUCCAGCUUUCCAGAGCGACACGGGCAUUUCUGCCCUGAGGAGGGUUCUCACGGCGUACGCCUACAGGAACCCCAAGAUUGGAUAUUGCCAGGUGAGACCUGCCUGUGGCCCCGGCCAUCCUUGUAUAGUCUCCAAACUGCUAACUUUUCUUUCUCUUCUUCUUCUUUUUAAAUUGUUUUGUUUGUUCAUAGUCUAUGUACAAGUGGGACCUGGAGAAAAAAGGCUGGCAGCAGAGGUUUUGUUUUGUUUAACAAAAUAAGUAUAUACUAUUUGACUGUGGGGUUUUAAAAAAACGUUCUAAGGGGGUUGCAAAAAUAUAAAACAGAGCAUUAAAAUUCUGUGGUGGGGAGUGGAGAAACAGUAGAAAGGUGUAUUUGAAGCAUUCUAAAGAUUAUUAAAAUCAGCUUAAAAAAUAAAACACAUGUAACUUCUAUAUGUCUGGGUAGACUUGCCUGAACAAAAAUGUUUCAAGUAGGUGCAGAAAAGACUACAGAGAAUGCACCUGCCUGGUAUCAAUCGGCAGGGAGUUCCAGAGUGUGGGCACCACCGCACAAAGGAAAGGUCAAUCUCUUGCAAGUGCAGAAGGAGUAUUUUGUGGCGCUUGUAAUGGUACCAGUUUCACACUGGUUGCACCUGUCCAGGGAUGCUAUGCCCCUUUCCAUUUCAUCCUCCUUCCCCCUCGUUUUCUGUUCUCCUCUUUUAACCAGUUACUUAGCAUUCUGUGCCAAAAAAGCAUGCUCAGUCCCCACCAAGCUGUUUGGGGUACAAAGCAUUUUUUUAUUUUUAUUUUUAUUUUUUGCAAACCUUAGAGUUCCCCUAAUACUGUUAGGGAUUGUGCUUAGGUUCUUGCUACUUUUGGCCACGUAAGGAAAAUGAUUUUUUUACACAUACCUGUCAAUCACCUGACAUCGCAGUGAUGUCGGAAUGUAGACACCUGUCAUAGUUGGCCAGUGGUGGGUUGUUGGGAGAUAACCUGCUCAUCCCUGCGCACAGUGGGAGGCAGUUGGCACUGUGGUCUAAACCACUGAGCCUCUUGGGCUUGCAGAUCAUAAGGUCAGCAGUUUGAAUCUCUGCGACUGCUCUGUUCCAGCUCCUGCUUACCUAGCAGUUCAAAAGAAUACCAACACAAGUAGAUAAAUAGGUACCGCUGCGGUGGGAAGGUAAACGGCGUUUCCAUGCACUCUGGCACUUGUCACACUGUCCCGUUGUGCCAGAAGCGGCUUAGUCCUGCUGGCCACAUGACUUGGAAAGCUGUCUGUGGACAAACGCUGGCUCCCUCGGCCUGAAAGCAAGAUGAGCGCCACAACCCCAGAGUCGCCUUUGACUGGACUUAACCGUCCAGAGGUCCCUUUCCCUUUACCUACCUUUACAGUGCUUCCCAAACGCUCAAGAAUCAGGUGGUUGUUGUGCAUUCGGGAAGUGCCACACUCAGGGCUAAGCAGGCUUUGCAAGGAGUAGAACGAGUCCUCGAUGUCCUUUUUACGAAAUGACGUACCUGUCUCUCCCUCCUAACACUGCUUACUGUGCUCGAUAGGCAAUGAACAUUCUGACAUCAGUGCUGCUCCUUUACGCCAAGGAGGAAGAAGCUUUCUGGCUCCUGGUUGCUGUGUGCGAAAGGAUGCUGCCCGAUUAUUUCAACCGCCGAAUUAUUGGUACUGCUUCACUUUAAUGGUCGCUUUCGCACAUGAAAGGAAUAGGCAGGAGAACCUGCUGUGCAGUAAGAGUAGAUGCCAGCAUUUGAUUCCCAGUGCAUAAGUCCCAAUGGCAAUAGAGCCUUCCUCUUGGAACGGGCGGUGCUUCAGGCAGUUCAUAUGGAACAGGUCGCAGAGAUAGCAGGGUGCCUGCUUAGGGAAGGGGACCCAUUGAGCGCUCCUUGUCCAAGGGGCCUCUCAACAUCUGGAGCCAGAACUUCAUGUUUGGGUUAUAGGAAUCUGCCCUAUAUUGAGCUGAGGCCACUGGCCUAUCCAGAUAAAUGCUGCUUCCAUAGAGUAGCAGUGACUCUCUGGGCAUUUGGACAGUCCCAGUCCUUCCUACCCUCCCUUUCUUCCUUUCUCCCUCCCUUCUUUCCUUCCAUUUAUAGUGAUGCCUUAAUUCAAAGGCACCCCAGGCAGUUCACAAAUAAAUAAAAUGUACAGUUGGUCCUGUGUUUUGAUGGGGAAGAGGGCAUUCAAACCGGAGCUGGUUCUGUUGUUGAGUUUACCUGCCUGUCUCCCAUGCUUCUUCCUUCUUACAGGGAAGAUUGUGCAGGUUGGCCGUGUGCGUGAGGGGAAAAGAUCAGCUGAAGCAGGCCCUGAUUUCGAUUCUGCUUUCUUCUCUUGCAGGGCUAUCAUUUUAUUGUAGGCCGUUCCCCCCCAAAAAUUAAGUUGAUCUUUCAGUCACUUUCCCGAACACAAUCCAGUCAUUCCCCUUCUCUUAGAAUCAUAGAAUUAGAUGGGACCCCGUGAGUCAUCUAGUCUAACCCCCUGCAAUGCAGGAAUCUCAGCUAAAACAUCCAUGACAGAUGGCCAUCCAACCUCUGCUUAAAAACCUCCAAGGAAGGAGAGUCCACCACCUUCUGAGGAACUUGCUGUCAAGCAGCUUUUACUGUCAGAAAGUUCUUCCUGAUGUUUAGUCAGAAUCUCCUUCCUUCUAAUUUGAAUCCAUUGCAGAGGAGGAAUUUCGUAAUAUGGUGCCCUAUGCAAGGCCAAAAUUUGAUGCCCCACCCACCCAACCCUCACACCACUUUCCCAAAGCCAGCUAAGUGAGGCACUGGGCUUUGGGAAGAAGGUGUGAGGCUCUGGCAGGGUCCUGCCUUCUUCCUAAAGCCGGACAAGUGCUAACUAGGCUUUGGCAAAGAGGCAGGAAAACUCUAGGACCUCUUUUCUGAACUAAGCACUUACUAGGCUUUGGGAAGGAGGCAGGAAGGCCCCCUCUUGUCUCAGUGCCCUGUGCAGGUGUCUUGCCCGGUGCAAGGUGGUUCUUUUAAAAUGAAAUUCAGAAGUCAUACAAAACACAAGUGAGUGAGAAGAUUAAAGAUUUUAUUCCAAAUAGCAAGCAAUAUAUACGUACCAAGCAAGCACUUCAAUCUGCCACUUGGAAGCCCUCAAGAAGCGGCAAAGUGACUCCCCCAGGUAGCCUCAGUUUGCACGGCCCCAUGGCCAUCAGUCCAUGCACGAGCUUCUCCAAAACUCUGCCCACAACCAUCUGAUUUAUAGCUAGCUAGCAAAACCACAGAGCCUAGGGCUUGCCGAUCAGAAGGUUGGUGGUUCGAACCCCCGUGACAGGGUGAGCUCCCAUUGCUCGGUCCCAGCUCCUGCCAACCUAGCAGUUCAAAAGCACGUCAAAGUGCAAGUAGAUAAAUAGGGACUGCUCCGGUGGGAAGGUAAACGGCAUUUCCGUGCGCUGCUCUGGUUCACCAGAAGUUGCUUAAUCAUGCUGGCCACAUGACCCGGAAGCUGUACACCGGCUCCCUCAGCCAAUAAAGCGAGAUGAGCACCGCAACCCCAGAGUCGUCCGCGACUGGACCUAACGUUCAGGGGUACCUUUACCUUUACCUAGCCUGUGUGGCUUGCCUGACUGGCUACAUGCAGAUCAUUCAUUAGCCACUCCCUCCCAAUGCCUCACUUUCUCUAAACAGUGUCCAACAUCAAAGAAGGUACCUAGCACUAUCACUUCCUCCCAGCUGAUUAGGACAUUAAAGGCUGUUCUUCAUGCCAGAAAUUAACAAGAGACAGGGAGGGGGAAGGAACAGAGGCAGGAAAGGUAACCAUGUCAGAUUACUAACUUCUCGAAAUACAAUUUAUCUUCCGGAUAGAUUGCCCAUACAGCGGGGUAACCGGUUACGCUGCCCUAAAUCCACCUCUGUCCAUUGGUGCUCUUCCAGAGCAGGAGAACUCAAGCAUGUUCCCUCUUCUGUGUGGAAGCCCUUCAGAUAUUUGAAGGUGGCUACCAUAUCUUGCAGGGACGCGGGUGGCGCUGUGGGUUAAACCACAGAGCCUAGGGCUUGCCAAUCAGAAGGUUGGUGGUUCGAAUCCCCACGGCGGGGUGAGCUCCUGUUGUUCGGUCCCUACUCCUGCCAACCUAGCAGUUCGAAUGCACAUCAAAAGUGCAAGUAGAUAAAUAGGUACCGCUCUGGCGGGAAAGUAAACAGCGUUUCCAUGCGCUGCUCUGGUUCGCCAGAAGCGGCUUAGUCAUGCUGGCCACAUGACCCGGAAGCUGUAUGCCGGCUCCCUCGGCCAAUAAAGCGAGAUGAGCGCCACAACCCCAGAGUCGUCCGCGACUGGACCUAAUGGUCAGGGGUCCAUUUACCUUUCUAUCAUAUCUUGCAGGUGCCUUGGUAGACCAAGCGGUGUUUGAGGAGCUGAUCAGGAACUAUCUGCCGCAGCUGACGGAGCACAUGACAGACAUGACGUUCUUCUCCUCCGUCUCCCUGUCCUGGUUCCUCACUCUGUUCAUCAGCGUGCUGCCCAUUGAGAGCGCGGUCAAUGUGGUUGACUGCUUCUUCUACGACGGGAUCAAGGCCGUUCUGCAGCUGGGCCUGGCUGUGCUAGAUUACAACAUGGACAGGCUGCUGACUUGUAAGGAUGAUGCAGAAGCUGUGACUGUCCUCAACAGGUAAUAGAGCCUUUUUUUAAAAAAAAAAAGCCUAAGGUGCUUGACCUGUCAGUGCAGUUCUGUUCAUAUUGACUCAGAAAUAAGUGCUGUUUGGUUCAACUUGUUGCUGCUACUACUACUACUACCACCAAUAAUAAUAAUUUAUUUAUAUGCUGCCCAUCUGACUGGGUUACCCAAGCCACUCUGAGCAGCUUCCAACAAAUUAAACACAAUACAUCAAACAUUAAAAACUUCCCAAUACAAUGGUACAUUGGUUCUCGAACUUAAUCCAUUCCAGGAGUCCUUUUGAAUCCCGAAACUGUUAGAAAACCAAGGCGCGGCUUCCAAUUGGCUGCAGGCGCUUCCUGCACUCCAGUGGAAGCCACAGAAGCCUCAUCAGACGUUCAGCUUCCGAAAAACGUUUGCAAACUGGAACACUUACUUCCAGGUUUGUGGCUUUCGGGAGCCGAUUUGUUCGUCAACUAAGGCAUUUGGGAACCAAGGUACCACUGUACAGGACUGCCUUCAGAUGUCUUCUAAAAGUCAGAUAGCUGUUUAUUUCCUUGACAUCAGGUGGGAGGGUGUUCCACAGGGCGGGCGCCACUACCGAGAAGGCCCUCUGCCUGGUUCCCUGUAACUUGGCUUCUCACAGCGAGGGAACCGCCAAAAGGCCCUCGGAGCUGGACCUCAGUGUCUGGGCUGAAUUUAUUUACGAUUACAUUCAUAGUCCACCUUCCUUCCAAAAAGUUCAGGAUAGUAUAGAGGUUCCCUGCUCACCAUUUUAUCCUUGUGAGGUUAAGUUAGGCUGAGAGAUGGUGACUGGCCCAAGGUCAUCCAGUGAGCUUUGUGGCUGAGUGAGGAUUCAAACCCUUGACUUCCAGGUCCUAGUCCAACAUUCUUACCCCCAAAACAACAACAAUUGCUAUUAUUAUUAUUGAAAUUCGUAAACCACCCUUUAUCUGAAGAUCACAGGGUGACUCACUGCCACCUUAGAAACGACACCACAAUGGAAUCCAGUGAUAUAGGAUUGUAACUUGAAUACAACUGGAGCAAUGUGAAUAUUUUUCUCUUUUUCAGAUUAGGCCUCUGUUUAGGUUCCCCACCCAUACCCCACCACCAGAAUUUAUAAUAACCUUUUGCUUUCUGUUUUAAUUGAUGAGCAGCACAAUGCAGCUUCCAGUCGAAAGCAGCAAAACACAAUAAAAACAGGGUGAAAUACAUUGUGAAAAAAAUGUAGCUCCAGCAGCAGCAAGGCAGUGGAGUUUUGAGAAAAUGCUGUGGGCGACAGUCACAAAAUGGCUGACAUGAGACACAUUUUGUGUUGUGUUUGAGGGUGUGUGUGUGGUGUAACACAAAAUGGCUGCCAUAUCUAAAAAGAACAGAAAGAGAGAUUGGACUACAAAAUGUGCUUCAUGGUGGGCCUGGGGGGGGGGGGAAGGGCACCUAUAACAACAACAACAACAACAACAACAACAACAACAACAACAACAAUAUAUCCCACCCUCCCCAACCGAAGACAGGCUCAGAGCAGCUAACAACAGUAAAAUAAUACAACAUUAUAAAAUCAGUUCAUUAUAAAAUCAGUUCAAAUCAAAUUAAUGGCAACCAUUAAGCUAAAGAUCUGUGGAGAUUGCCAAAGGAGGGAGUCAGGCUGCGCCCUGGCCAAAGGCCUGGUGGAACAGCUCCGUCUUGCAGGCCCUGCGGAAAGAUGUCAGGUCCUGCAGGGCCCUAGUCUCUUGUGGCAGAGCGUUACACCAGAUUGGGGCCACAGCCAAAAAAGCCCUGGCUCUGGUUGAGGCCAGCCUAACCUCCCUGUGACCCGGGACCUCCAAGAUGUUUUUAUUUGAAGACCGUAAGGUCCUCCGUGGGACAUACCAGGAGAGGCGGUCCUGUAGGUAUGAGGGUCCUAGGCCGUAUAGGGCUUUAAAGGUCAAAACCAGCACCUUAAACCUGACCCUGUACUCCACCGGGAGCCAGUGCAGCUGGCAUAGCACUGGGUGAAUGUGAUCCUGCGGCGAGGAUCCUGUAAGGAGUCUCGCUGCAGCAUUCUGCACCCGCUGGAGUUUCUGGGUCAGUCUCAGGGGCAGCCCCACGUAGAGUGAGUUACAAUAAUCAAGUCUGGAGGUGACCGUCGCAUGGAUCACAGUGGCUAGGUCAGAGCGAGAGACGUAAGGAGCCAACUGCUUGUUAAAAUUUGUGUACCACCCUUCAUCCAAAGAUCACAGGGUGGUUCACAACAUAAAAAUGCAGUAUGAAGACAUAAAAUCACUCGCUCAUGGGCAAAAACUCUUUACUCCUCUGUUCUGAACAAAAGCGUGGGCGAGUUUUCCCUCCUGGCGUCCCGCGGAAAGUGGGCAAACAUGAACUGUGGGAAGGAAGAGCAAACCGUCUUUCAGGCACUAUCCAUUUUUGAGGAGGUGCUUACUGAGGAAUUUCAUGGGCGCUAUAGGCAGUAUUGGCUUGCCCACCCCCAGGCGCUGUGCUGAUAACCCCUCCUCAACAAAAAAUAUAAACUAUCCACAGCUGCACUACUCAACACUAAUAAAUAAAAUAGCAGGUUGGCACAUUUAUAUUAUUAUUAUUAUUAUUCAUGCACAACAAGGUUUUUCUUUGCGGUCUUUUUUUUUUUUUUUUAAUUACUCAUUUCUACUCACUUUUAAUUCUCUAUGUUUUGUACAUGCCCCCCCCCCCACUCCUUUUUAUUUCAAAUGAAGGUUUUUUGACAGUGUUACCAACAAGGACAGUCCUCUGCCGCCAGCAGUGCAACAGGCCUCGGGUGCGAAUGAAGGCAAGAGCCCUCACCCCAAAGUGGACAUCACGGACUUGAUUCUAGAGUCAAACGAGGUUCGUAAAGCCAUUUGGCUUCAGAGGGGUGGGUGCUGUUUUUUUCUGUUUCCUGCAUUGCCUGUUCAACAAGCCACCUCUUGUGGGUAGAAUUGUUUUCUCCUUCAAGGUAUCUAAUAACAGAAUGAAAGGGGUCUUAGAGAUCUUCAUUGGCUCCCAGUACAUUUCCGAGCACAAUUCAAAGUGUUGGUGCUGACCUUUAAAGCCCUAAACGGCCUUGGCCCUGUAUACCUGAAGGAGCGUCUCCACCCCCAUCGUUCAGCCCGGACACUGAGAUCCACCGCCGAGGGCCUUCUGGCGGUUCCCUCAUUGCGAGAAGUGAGGCUACAGGGAGCCAGACAGAGGGCCUUCUCGGUAGUGGCGCCCACCCUGUGGAACACCCUCCCUUCAGAUGUGAAGGAAAUAAGCAGCUAUCCUAUCUCUAAAAGACAUCUGAAGGCAGCCCUGUUCAGGGAAGUUUUUAAUAUUUAAUGCUGUACUGUAUUUAACACUUGAUUGGGAGCUGCCCAGAGUGGCUGGGGAAACUCAGCCAGAUGGGCGGGGUAUAAAUAAAUUAUUAUUAUUAUUAUUAUUAUUAGUAGUAGUAGUAGUAGUAGUAGUAGUAAUCUAGCCCCACUGCUCAGCGCAGGCUCUAGGAUGCAUUCCUAAUGGGGUAGCCUUCCAGAUUCUGCUUAAAUACCUCCAGUGAAAGACCCUUCUACUUCCUGGGGCAGAACCUCAGGACUAUUUUAUUUUACUGCAUUUAUAUCCCAACUUUUCCUCCAAGAAGCUCAGGGUGGAACACAUGGUCCUGCCCCUUAUUUAAUCCCCACAAGAAACCUGUGAUGGAGCAAUGUAUGGAACAUCUGCAUUAUCUGAAUAUCUGUUCCGAUCAGCCUUUCUCAACCUGUGGGUCCCCAGAUGUUGUUGGAGUACAACUCCCAUCAGCCCUAGCUAGCAAGGACAGAGCUCAGGGAUGAUGGGAGUUGUAGUCUAACAACAUCAGGGGACCCGCAGGUUGAGAACCGCUGUUUCAGAUGUAGAUGGGUAGUCUGGGGUGAAGCCAAAAGGGUCUCCAUUUUUGGAUUAUAUAAAUAGGGAGAGUCAAAUAAGUACUCAUCCCAUGACUCCUCGUUAUGGUUGGGCUAUAUAGACACAUCUUUAAAACUUGGCAAUAUAUUUAACUGCAUCUCAAUAAUUUGCUUUUUAUGCCGAAUAUGCUAUGUAUAUGGCUCUGUUAUUGUUUGUAUGGCUAUGUGUCAGUUUGUACAUAUGUUUUAUGAUAAAUCAAUUAAAAAACAACCCUGUGAGGUAGGAUAGGCUGAGAGGCAGUGACUGAUCCAGUGAGCUUCAUAGUUGAGUAGGGAUUUGAACCCUGGUCUCUCAAGUCCUAGGGACGCGGGUGGUGCUGUGGGUUAAACCACAGAGCCUAGAACUUGCUGAUCAGAAGGUUGGCGGUUUGAAUCCCCACGACGGGGUGAGCUCCUGUUGCUCGGUCCCUGCUCCUGCCAACCUAGAAGUUUGAAAGCACGACAAAGUGCAAGUAGAUAAAUAGGUACCGCUCCGGUGGGAAGGUGAUCGGCGUUUCCGUGCGCUGCUCUGGUUUGCCAGAACCAUUCUGGCCACCUGACCCGGAAGCUGUACGCCGGCUCCCUCGGCUAAUAAAGCGAGAUGAGCGCUGCAACCCCAGAGUCGGCCACGACUGGACCUAAUGGUCAGGGGUCCUUUUACCUUUACCUCUCAAGUCCUAGUUGGACAUUCUAGCCCCAAAAGUAAACCAGGCUUUAUGAGAGCUGGGGGUUCCCUCCCAUCUUAGAAACUGCUUCCUGAUAGUACAGUUGCUUAAAUAAUGCAGACAUAAUCCAGAGAGAAAAGAAAUUCUGAGAGCAUUUUACUGAUGAAAACUGAACAAAACCUGUACAUAAUUUGAGGGGAAAGGAACAGAGUGGUUUUGUCUUUCUGACAUUAGGCGGUGUAGAAAGCUGGGAGACAUUUAACCAAACAUACAGAGGAAAAGCUCCUGCAGAACUGCACAACCAUUCAGGGCACCCACCUGAGUAAACAUCAAGGCACUUUGUCUGGUUGCUAAGCAACACCCCCCCCCCCGCGCGCCCCCUGGUUAGCCUUCUUACAGAUAACAGAAUUAAACCUUUAGUUCCAAACAGAAUGAUCCCUGCUAUUGCACUUCCAAUACUUCCCUAGUAGGAGAGGCUUACCAGUCCUACUGCAGGUCUUGCAUCCUGCUGUUCAGGUAGCCAGAAUCUUACAGCAUCCCAAUCCAGUUAGCUCUGCCCCUGGAAGCAGCCUGAUAGAUUCCUGCUCUUCUCCUAGAAAUAUGGUGACAUCCGGUUUGAGGAAGUAGAAAGCAUGCGGCGCCGUAACAGGCUGUAUGUCAUUCAGACCCUGGAGGUCACUACGAAGCAAAAUGUGGUGAGUGAACUGCAUGCUCAGAUACCUUGAGCUGUGUGGAACAAGAACAUUAUCCAUCUUGUUCAUUGUAUGGUAACUUCACAAUGUAUUCGUCGUAGUUGUCGUCAUUUUAUUUGCUGGCUGUGCAUUAUUGCUACAAUAAUUUGCUUUUUUAUUUUAAGAGUACAAGUGGAUAGAUCUCUGCCUCAAGGGGCUUACAGUCGGAAAUCCAAUAAAGGAAGCAAAGGGAAACUAUGUGGUUAUUUCAGCUGCACAUGCUUAAACUUAAAUCUCAUCCACGCUAUACAUUUAAAGCAGUAUCGUACCAGUUUAAACAGUCAUGGCCUCCUCCAAAGAAGGCUGGGAACUGUAGCUUGUUAAGGUGCAGAAAAUUGUUAGGACACCUCCCUGUUUCCCUCACAGAGCCACGGUUCCCUGGGAAGAGGGGUUGACUGUGAAACCACUCUGGGAAUUUCAGCUCUGUGAGAGGAACAGGGGUCUUCUAACAACUCUCAGCACCUUUAACACCCUAGGAUUCUUUGGGGGAGCCUAUUCUUUGGGGGUGGCUAUUUAAAGUGGUUUGACUUCUUUAAAUGACUCAGGACUGCAAUACCUCAAGGACCGCCUCUCUCCAUAUGAACUGAACCAGACCCUGAGAUCAUCAUCUGAGGCCCUUCUUUAUGUGCCUCUUCCACAUGAGGUCCACAAGGUGGCAACACAAGAACGGGGCCUUCUCUGCAGUGGCUCCCCGUCUGUGGAAUGCUCUCCCCAGGGAGGUUCACCUGGUGCCUUCAUUAUACACCUUUAGGCACCGGGCAAAAACGUUCCUCUUCUCCCAGGCCUCUGGCUGAUUCAGCUAUUGCCUUUUAAACUGUGUGUGGUGGAAGGUUAUUGGUUUGUUUCUGUUCUUAAGGGAGUAAGGAACCUUUUUCAUGUUGAGGGGCACAUUCCCAAGGGCUACAGGCCACAAAGGAGAAUUUUCCUUUUCUAGAGAGAGUGUGAAGCAGGGUCUGCGAGGGACAUCGCCUGAAGACAGGUGUGGUGAUAUACAGGGCCAGACAGACAGGCAUGCGAACUUGGGGUUCCUAAUGAACACAGAUGCACCUUGUCUUCACCCUAAAAUGGCUUUGCUCAGAAACUUGAGGCGGUUGCAUUCAGCGGUUGAAGGGGACAUGGAAGAGUUAAGUUAAAAGUGUUUCGACCCAAGUGCACAAGAGGUUCUCAGCUUUUUGCUUCUGUGCCUGAUGAAAUCAGCCUCUUCUUUUACGAGCUGAAAAUCAGCUAAUGUCAAAGCACAAAGAACUGAGGGGGAAAUGAGAUUUACAUCCUCCUAACUUGGUUGCUCUCAUUCUGUCCUCUGUAGCUGCGUGUUAUCUCCCAGGAUGUGAAAAUAAGUCCUAGCAACCUGGAAGAGCUGUAUGAAUUAUUCAAGGUGAGAAGCUGUUUUCGCCUAAUGCGCUUGUUUCCCAAAAUUUCUGUGUUUCCCCCUUGAGUAUCCUACUGUGACACACCUCCAACAGAACAGAGGAGAAUUGAUUAACUCCUAGAAACUGGCUAGCUCUUCUUGAUCUUCUUUUUAAAAUAAUAAUAAUAUCAUUUAUUUAUUUGUACUGUAUUUCCCCCGAAGCAGUUAUUAGUUUAUAUCCAAUACAGUGCUAAGUAACCAAUCUGUCAGUGUAAGGAUUUAUGCUUGUACAGAGGGACUUCCCCCCCCAAACAAAAACACUCUUCUCGUCCCUCAUGCACCCCAUGUUCUCCCCAAAUCUCUGGGCAGUUUGGGAAACCCUAGAACACGUUUGGGGGGUGUGCAGAAGGGAGGAGAGGCAACAGAAGUCCAGUUGUGCAAGUGUAAAUCCUUGUAUCGACCGAUUGGUGGCGUAGUGCUACGUUGGAUACAAACCACAAACCAUAGUUUCCCAAAGGGGCCGAUAUCAAUACAGUGGUACCUUGGUAGUUGAACGGAUUGGCUCCCAAACAAAUCGGCUCCCGGACGCCGCAAACCUGGAAGUGAGUGUUCCGGUUUGCCAACAUUUUUCGGAAGCCGAACGUCCGACACGGCUUCCGCGGCUUCUGAUUGAGUGCAGGAAGCUCCUACAGCCAAUCAGAAGCUGCGCCUUGGUUUUCGAACCAUCAAACAGACUCCCGGAACUGAUCAAAUUUGAGAACUAAGGUACCACUGUGUAAAGACACUGAGAGCGGAUGAUACAGGCCUGCCAAGGGCUUGGAAACUGAAAAGACAAGGGACACAAGAAGAAGUAGAGAAGUGGAAUUAGCGCUUCAAGGCUGGAACAAAGUGAGGAGCUGUAAAUGCACAUUCAUUUCCAGUUUGCUUGAAUAGCAACCAGCAACUUUUUGUUCUUUCUCCCCUUUUGCUUCUGCAGUCCCUGAGCAAUAGGCAAUGCUACUUAUUUUAAAGCAUUUAUCGAGUCACUUCAUAUUUUUAUAAUCUCGAGGCGGUGUACUCUCUCUCCUCCCCCCCCCCCCCAGUUUAGGCACUAGGCAUUCAGCUGGUAGCAUUCCACCUGAAAUCACAGGUCAGAGUUUGUGGGGAGUGCAUCUUUAAAAUGAUAUUUUGUGUUUGUUUGUGCAAUAUCAUUUUAAAGAUGCACUCCCCACAAACUACGACCUGUAAUUUCAGGCAGAAUGCUACUAGUGGAAUGCACAGCAAGUGUUUCUACUGACCCUCAGACGUUUUCAGUGCUAUCUCUGAUCCUUUAAUGUGUUAAACAUGGUUCACAAAUGUCUGGAACAUCGGUUUGCCAGGGUGCUUGACCCCUGAACACAGACGGAUGCUGGAGAGAGACUCAGUCUGAGAAUUUCAGGGCAUAUUUGUUUUUCUCCUUUGACUAUAUUAACAGGGCAGGAUGCCCCCAUAUACCCCAAGCUUCUCAUUCUUCGUUAUGGUUAAUAAAUACCACCAGAUAUUCCGUGGGACGCGGGUGGCGCUGUGGGUAAAACCUCAGCGCCUAGGACUUGCCGAUCGUAUUGUCGGCGGUUCGAAUCCCCGCAGCGGGGUGAGCUCCCGUCGUUGGGUCCCAGCUCCUGCCCACCUAGCAGUUCAAAAGCACAAUUAAGUGCAAGUAGAUAAAUAGGUACCGCUUUAUAGCGGGAAGGUAAACGGCGUUUCUGUGUGCUGCGCUGGUGCUGGCUCGCCAGAGCAGCUUCGUCACGCUGGCCACGUGACCCGGAAGUGUCUCCGGACAGCGCUGGCCCCCGGCCUCUUAAGUGAGAUGGGUGCACAACCCUAGGGUCGGACACGACUGGCCCGUACGGGGAGGGGUACCUUUACCUUUAUUCCGUGAAGUAAGAUUGUAAUUUUGUAUGCUGGUUUGCAGUUGUAAAAAUAAAUUUAAAAAGUCAUUCCUGUGUUCCUUUUCUUUCUUUUUCUCUGCUUUAAAAAAAAAAAAAAUUAAGUUUCAAAUUUCCAAACAAUCAUCAAGCAAGCCAAAAAAAUAAAAAUGAAUUCCAUAAAUUCCUAUGAACUUCCUUCCUCCCCUUUGUGGGUCCUUAUGUUAACUUUUCCCCCCUCCUGCAUCUUCUCUGUUGAUCCAGUUCUAUUAAAUCUCCAUUGCAACCACAGUCCAACGUUCAAGUCCUACUAAUAAUUUUAAUUGCUUACAACGAUUUUCAAUAUAAAUUACAUAUUUUCCCCAUUCCUUAUUAAAAUUUUGGUCUUCCUGAUUCUUAAUUCUUCUGGUCGUUUUUUGCCAUUUCUUCAUAGUCCUAAUAAUAAUAAUAAUAAUAAUAAUAAUAAUUUAUUUAUACCCCACCCAUCUAGCUGGGUUUCCCCAGCCACUCUGGGAGGCUUCCAACAGAAUAUUAAAAUACAAUAGUCUAGUAAACAUUAAAAGCUUCCCUAAACAGGGCUGCCUUCAGAUGUCUUCUAAAAAUCUGGUAGUUGUUUUUCUCUUUGACAUCUGGUGUGAGGGCGUUCCACAGGGCGGGUGCCACUACCGAGAAUCAGUACAAUCUGCCAUUCUUCUCUGGUAGGGACUGUGUCUUCUUUCCAUCUCUCUGCUUUGGGGGGGUGGGGGAUGGGAAUGGCUACAUGUUUUUGUAUGCAGCAAAGACAUCAACAAAAAGUUGUAGGUAUGGGAAAUGUUACCUCUGAGCGACAACACGGAAGCAAUGUGUUCUUAUCCUUGUUCUUUCUCCCCCGCAGGUAUUGCUCUUAUUUAACACGUGGGCUUUUGUGCAUAUUUUGCAGAAGGAGCAUUUUCUCUCUUGCUACUGGAGCAUGGACAGCCCGGCCCUGAAGCACCAUGACCCCAGCCUCCCCUACCUGGACCAGUAUCGCAUCGACUGCCAGCAGUUCCGCGUCCUCUACCAUCUCCUGAGCCCUUGGGCGCAUUGUGCAAACAGGGACUCCCUCGCUCUGUGGACAUUCCGGUUGCUGGAUGAGAACCUAGAUGGGCUUAUAAACUUCAAAGAAUUUGCCUCUUCUCUGGGUACACUACUGAAUGCAUGCCAUAGGGUCAUGUGCUCCUCAGUCUUGGGCUGGGUUGAUUAUAUUUGCCAAUGGACUCGCUGUCCAUUUGGGGUUGCAAGAAUGGCAGUGGAAGCAGCCUCAGCUGGUUAUGUUUGGUAGUAUUUUUGCCAUUCUACCCACUAAAAUGCCAGUGAUUUUUUUAUUUUUUUUUGCAUUUAAAUGAGAUAGGCCUGUAUGAUUCUGGAUUUUUACCUUGUUUUAGUAUCACAACAGUUGUAGACUCUUUCCAUGACUUAGGCACUAUCUUGCCAGCCAGUACGCUGUUAAACAAUCUUUGCAUAUGGGGCAAUAAUAUCUCAGAUCAUUUUUUAUAGAAAUAUCUGGGUAUACCAUCCAUGCCUGGCGCUUUAUGUGGCUUAAAUUUCUUUAUUGCUUUAGUUAUAUCUUUCAGCUUUAUUGGUGCUACUAAGGACGGUUUUUGUUCAUCUGUAAUUUUCUCUGACCUUUUAGCUUCUAAGUAUUGUCAGCUUGAACCCCCGCAGGUUCAAGUUUUCCUUUGUAUAUAAUUUUUGUAAAAUGAUUUGAAUUUAUUUCUAUUCAAUUUGGAACCAAAUAUUUGUGACCCACUGUUCGUUUUUAGAGAGCUGGUUCUAUAUAUGCUAAUAAUCUUAGCAGGCUAUACUAUUUGUCCAUAAUGCCCAUUAUUGUCCACUUAAGAACCUGGGAAACUGCUGUAUCCUGAGCCAGACUCAUAAGCCCAUGUACCUCAGUACUGUCUGCACUGACUGGCAGCAGCUCUUCGGGGUCUCGGGCAGUGGCCAGUUCCCAGGGCUACCUGGAGAUGCGGGGAUUGAACCUUCUACAUGCAAAGCAGAUGCUUACCAUCAGUUUCAUUACACCCAGGCAGCAAGAGUUGGGGAUGAUGCUCCCCUGUACACCUGAGACUUCUGAAUAUGAAUAAUCUUUCUCUUUCCCCCACCCCACCAUCCUUCUCUGUUUGUUAGAUGUAAUGUAUCAUGGGAGCUUUACCCAAAAGCUGAAGCUGCUUUUCAAAUUGCACAUACCUCCAGGUGAGUCACUUUUGGGAGAUCAUGUAUUAGUUGUUCCAUUGCCUGCCUGGGAUUGUGAAAGAUCUCGCUUGCAUUUUCUGUGUUUAUUAAAUGCAAUUUUAUUAGCGUCAUUGCUUUCCUCCAAGGAGCUCAGAAUGGCAUACGUGGUUCCCCUUCUCUCUCAUUUUAUCCGCUCAGCAACCUUGCAAGGUAGGCUGAGAGACAGUGACAGGCCCAAGAUCAGCUAGUGAACUUCAUGGCUGAAUCUGGAUUUGAUUCUGGGUCCUGUCCCCUCCCCCCCGCCCCAGGUCCUAGCCUAUCACUACUGGCUACCAUGCUGUUUUAAUAUUUCAGUUAUUUUAUUGUUUUAUGUUUAUACCUUAUUAGCUGCUUUGACUAUUUUGUGUAGAAAAGUAGGUUGCUUUCAUUAAGAAAUUACCUCUCAGGGCUGUUGUGAAAAUGAGAGUGGCGGUGGGGGAGAUAUAUCCCUGAGCUUUUUCGAGGAAGAACAGGAUAACAAUUUUGCUGCUUACUAUAUGGUGGGGUGGCCUGAGGCAGGAACGAUCUUUUUCAGACGCAGUUCUCCAUCUGGGAAUAAUGGGCUGCAAGGAUAAACUAAACAAAAGUUUUGUGUGUGGAACGUCCUUUACAAAUGCGAAGUUCUAGUAACAGUGCUUCUCUGCUAUCCUCAAAAUUCUGUUUCCUUUUUUGCAGCUUUCACUGAAGUGGAAUCCCUAAGCCCUUCCAAAGGGACUCAGCUAUCUAAAGAAGAGUUGAUCCACUUUAGCCAAUUAAAUGGUAAGCCUCAAGCAUGCUCUGUUUAUAGAACCAGGCGGAGAUUAAUCCCCCCCCCCCAUUCCGCUGGGAAGAGGACCGGCAGCAGAACUCCAACUUGAAGUGCCAAGAAAUGAAUUUAAGGUUCCAACUUCUGAGAGGCAAAAGAAGCAGGAUGUUCAGGUCUGUAGUUUCAUAUAGAAGCUGCCUCCACAUUGAACCCUGCCAUUUAAAGGUACCGAAACCAGAAUUGACUGAAGUGAGACUGUUAGAGCUCCACCAGACUGCCUGAUAAACAUUUGUCAUGAACUACUUGUGCGGGACGCUGGUGGCGCUGUAGUCUAAACACAGAGCCUAGGGCUUGUCGAUCAGAAGGUUUGAAUCCCCACAACGGGGUGAGCUCCCGUUGCUCGGUCCCUGCUCCUGCCAACCUAGCAGUUCAAAAGCAAGUCAAAGUGCAAGUAGAUAAAUAGGUACCGCUCCGGCGGGAAGGUAAAUGACGUUUCCGUGCGCUGCUCUGGUUUGCCAGAAGCGGCUUAGUCAUGCUGGUCACAUCACCCGGAAGCUGUACGCCGGCUCGCUCGGCCAUUAAAGCGAGAUGAGCACCGCGACCCCAGAGUCGUCUGCGACUGGACCUAAUGGUCAGGGGUCCCUUUACCUUUACCUUACUUGUGCAAAGCUCACAGCGUGUUUAGACUUUGGGACCCUCCAGGUGUCCUUUUUUAAAAUCACGCGUUCAUUAUGAUUUGUGUUCAUGACAGUAUCAGGGUGGGUUUAUACGAUCCUGCUUCAAUACCAUUUAUUCUGUUUUAUCAGGACUUGUUAUAUCCUGUUCUCUCUCUCUCUCUCCUCGCUCCCUCUGUUCUUUUAAACAGAAUUGGGAGAAAGGGGUAAUUUAAAGUGGCAAGGGUGCUCCAUUUUUGCAAAAGUGGCUCAGAACCACUAAUAAACUUUACCUUUAAAAAAAAAAUGCAGCAAAUUGUAUUUGGUAAUAGCUAAACUAUUUGCAACCAUUUGCCUGUCCCAUUGAGGGAGGAAAUGAGAAUUUUUAAAGUGUGCAGCUCAUAUCUUUCUAAGCAAUAGACAGCUGAGGAUGUGAAACAGACACCAGAAAAAUAGAGUGGACUGCAACUGAGACCCCUUUUCUUUAGCUGCCUUUCAGAACUUAAAGGCAUUUGACGCAUCACAGCUGGGGGGGACAGACACUGUAGUUUUCCAGUGCUUCUCUUUUCUAUAAAAAUUUCAGGUUGUAAAAAAUUCAGACAUUACAGCCAAAGUUCAUUGGGCAGACUGUAUGCUUUCCACGCAGUAGGUCCCUGGUUCAAAUGCUGACAUCUCUUGUUAAAAAAGAUUUAAGUAGCACCUGCUGUGAAAUAUCUCUGGCUGAGGCUUUGAAGAACCCUGUCAACACAGGCAGUGCUGAGCUAGGUGGAUGAAUAAAACUUAUUCACACAUAACACUAAACCAUGGCUUGAGAAGGAGCUUGGAAGCUUCCACUUCAAUUUAAGUUAAGUGUAACAUCUGAACUCAAAACUGUAGUUCAUCUUAAGCCAGUGGUUUUCAACCAGUGUGCUUUAGCACCCUGGGGUGCCUUGAGGGAUGGUCAUGGGUUCCUCGGGCAACACUGGCCUCUGUCCCUCUUUCCUCCCCUCCCUCCUCUGAUCCCCUCUCGCAUCUCUGCCUCCCAAAGGCUUGCACGACUGUUUGUUGCAGCAGCCCUGGCUACAAGCUCCCCAGGCGAACGGUGCCUCUGGGGCUGGCCAGGGGGUGCUUCCUAGGCCCUGUGGGGCAGUGUGAGGAGGCACCUCUGUUUGGGGCAGAGGGGGCAGCUCAGAGACCAGGGGCGGCAGCAGCAGCUGCUCAGAGGACUCCCAAGGAGAGGGGAGAGGAGAGGAGGCUGAGGGAACCCUCCACAAGGGAGGGUGAGAGGCUGCAAGCUCUGCAGGCAAGGGGUGACAUCACUGGGCUCCUGAGCCCCACAGGGUGCCGCAGAAAGAAUGUACUUGGUCAAGGGAGCUGUAGACACAAAAAGGUUGAAAACCUCUGUCUUAACCUUGUGGUUUGUUGAAACAAGCCAGCUUCUUAAACUUUGGUUUGAUAUUUUCAGCAAACCAUUGUCAAAAUUAAGAAGAGAUUUAUUAUCAGGUUAGGAAAAAAUUGAAUAACAAUAAAUAAAAUAUUUAUGAAAAAAUACUGUAAUUAAAAGAUGGAAGCAAAAGUGGUCAUGUUGCAGGGAGGGGUGGGAAAGUUAUGAGCCCAGUGUUCAUUGCAGCUCUUUCUUGUAUGAUUUAGCAUUCUGUCCAAACCAACCCAUAAACUCUCUGGUUUGAGGCAGCUUCCUAUGUCCAUUUUUAUCUUCCUCUUCUAUCCUAGUUUCUUCUCCUGAGGACCGUGAAGGUGCUGAUGCUUUAAACAGGAGCCCAGAAAAAGGUUAGUGAACUUGAUUAAUAUCCAGAGAACUUGCGUCAAUCUAUACAUAUCAUGUAGGGAAGAUGCUGUUUUCUACUCUGUGCUGUAAUAUUUAAGUUAGGAUAAUAUAUAUAUUCAAGUUGGAAGGGUCCCAAGGAUCCUCUAGUCUAACCCCCUGCAAUGCAGGGAUCUCACCUAGAGCACACAUUAGAAAUUCAACCUCUGCUUUAAACCUCCAAGGAAGGAGAGUCCACAACCACCUUCCAAGGGAGUUUUGUCAGCUCUUACUGACAGAACGUUCUUCCUCCUGUUGAGUUAGAAUCUUCUCUCAACCGUUCCUCAUAAGAGUUGGUUUCCAGACCCUUGAUCUUGGGAGCAGCUAACAUGCUGCACUCCAGUUUUUGGAAACUCAGCUUCCAUUGCCCUCCAACCAGCAUGCUGUUGUGAAAUUUGAAUGCCCUCCUGAACCACCAAAUUCCUCUUCCAGAUGUUGCAGCUGACAAUAUAGAAAGCGUGUGAGAGCAGAGAAAUUGGGUUGUUUUAUUGAUCUAACUAGCCUUCUUCCUCUGAGUCCUGCCUGUCCUCUGGAGAUCUCAGGGUAGCAUGUAGGAUGGGGGCAGUCCAUAUGCUGCCCACCAAAGGUCAAGUUCUCCAGGUGGCAAAGGCAGCGAGGGUGGGGAAGUUCUGCUCCUCCCGGGGGGGGGGGGGAGACAGAAAUCCCACUGCUAUGUGGAAGACCAAAGUCUGUACAGUAGCAGCAAUCAGGCAGUGGUUCUCAACCUGUGGAUCCUCAGAUGUUGUUGGACUACAACUCCCAUCAUCCCUGAGCUCUGGCCUUGCUAGCUAAGGGUGAUGGGAGUUGUAGUUCAGCAACAUCUGGGGACCCAGAUGCUGAGAAUUCUAGGCACUCCAUGGGGUGAAGGGUAUUUUACCUGCAUGCAGAGGGUCCCAGGUUCAAUCCCUGUUAUUGCCAGGUGGGGCUGAGAGCAUCCCCUGCCUGAAUCCUGGAGACCGGCUACCAGUCGGUGUGGACAGUAUUGUCUGACUUUGUGGACAGUAUUGUCUGACAGUAAUCUGACUUUGAUAAGGCAGGUUCCUAUGUCCCAUUGAGUUCCAUUCCCCUAUUCACCUUUUUGCCUGUUGCAAAACAGCAUUUCAUAGCCACCGACCAUACUCAGUCUUCAUUGGGACACUUCUGUCUCUUCCCCACCCCAGUAUUUUUAACCUAAACAUUUUUAUUUUUGCACUUCUGUAAACCUUGGGUCUCCCUCGAAGCUGUUGGAUAACUGAGUGGUGCUGCUUUGGCUAUGUAAACGAUGGCACCCACAGAACUAUGUCCAUGCCAACAUGAUGUCCUCCAGAUAUCUUUGAACUGCAGCUCCCACCAUCCCUGGUGAUGGUUUUGGGAGUCCUCAUCCCUGCUGCAGAGCCCCAGUGUGAUCCGGCAAGAGCAACUACUCCAUGGAGACUGCUGUGGACAGAGUGAGGAUUUCACUAUUCAUUUGUGUCUUGUUGCCUUCCAAUUAGGUAAAGGAAAGGUUGACAUCCAGGCCUAUUUGAAGCAGUGGCAGGAUGAAUUGCUAAAAAAAGAAGAAAGCAUUAAGGAUUUGCCCCGCAUGGACCAGGUAAAACUCACCUACGGGAGAACUUAUCUGGGGUUUGGUUGGUUGGUGGGAGCAAACAAUGACCCCUGAGCCUGACACAUGCCAACAGGGUAACAGGUCAUUAAAAGAAAGAAGGAAUUAUAGAGUAGGAAGUGGUUUGGGGGUGGGGGCAUCUAGUCUAAUGCCUUUCUUGACUCAAGAAAGUUCAGGCAUCUCUGGCAGAAGGCUGCGCCCAGCCACUGCUCGAAGGUGUCCAGCCAUGGAAAGCCCAGUAUAGUUGUACUUCUCCCCCCUUGGCUACGCCCAUCUGUGUGUGUGCUUGUACAUACGUGUGUAGGUGGGGCUUUGGCAUGAAUCCUUGGAAUAUUAUUGGGUGGAUUCUCUACUCAUCUGGGAAGUGGAAUUCAUUGGGGCAUAUUUCUGGAUAAACGUGGAUUGUGCUGCUUGGCCAUUUCCCUGUUUUCAUAUAUCUGUACAGUGGUACCUCGGGUUAAGUACUUAAUUCGUUCCAAAGGUCCGUUCUUAACCUGAAACUGUUCUUAACCUGAAGCACCACUAUAGCUAAUGGGGCCUCCUGCUGCUGCCGGAGCACGAUUUCUGUUCUCAUCCUGAAGCAAAGUUCUUAACCUGAGGUAAUAUUUCUGGGUUAACAGAGUCUGUAACCUGAAGUGUGUGUAACCUGAAGCGUAUGUAACCCGAGGUACCACUGUAUUUCCUCUUAAUAGGGAAAAACACCCUAAUUUUCAUAUAUUGUCCUAGUCAAGGCGUUCCAAGCCUGUGGUAAAUGGACCACUAGUAGUCUGUGAGCUUUGUUCAUGCAGUCCACCUUAAAUAUCCGUAUCAAUUUUUAAUUGUACUUGUAUUGCUUCUUUUAAUCCAUCCUAUUUUAUUGUACAGUUGUACCUUGGUUCUCAAACGGAAUCCGUUCUGGAAGUCCCUUCGACUUCUGAAAACGUUUGAAAACCAAGGCACGGCUUCUGAUUGGCUGCAGGAGCUUCUUGUACUCAAGCGGAAGCCGCGUUGGGCGCAUAGCUGUCAAUGUUUCCCUUUUUUAAAAGGGAAAUUCCCUUAUUCCGAAUAGGAUUUCCCUUAAAAAAAGGAAAAAGUUGACAGCUAUGGUCGGGUGUUUGGCUUCCAAAAAAUAUUUGCAAACCGGAACACUCGCUUCCGGGUUUGUGGCGUUUGGUAGCCAAAACACUCGAGUCGCAAGGCAUUCGACAACCAAAGCAUGACUGUCCCUUUUAAAGUAAUCAGUUCAUUGUCAAACUGCCCUACUGUCAGGAAGCCUCUCCUCAUGUUCUGCAGAAAUCUACUAACCUGCAACUUUAGCCCUCGAUGUGUCCGCUAGAUCAGGAGAGAAAACACGUCCUCAUUGUGAAAGCCAUUCAGUUAUUGGCACUCUAUUUAUUUUACAGCUCCAUUUUAAAAGUAUUUUUUAUGUCAUGGCAAAAAAAUCUUUGCAAGGCAGUUUGCAAAAUAGAAACAUGAAAAAUGGUUUAAGUGUUUGUGCAAUAUGUACAAACAUAGAGACACUCGAACGCCCACAGAGACGCACAGUUAACUAAAACUGCAUUAGCAUAAUCUUCCGAAUCAAGUAAAAGCAUCAGUAGCUGGUAAAAGAAAAAAGUAACUGUAAAAUAUAAAACCAGCAGCAAUUUAAAGCAGCUUGAAACAUCUAGACCAGGGUGGUCCAACACUUGGCUCGAGGGCUGCAUGUGGUCCUUAAGGCCUUGUUUGGCAGCCAAACUUAGCUGAAUAUGGCUACACCUCUGGUACCUGCCAACCUGUCAGAUUGUGCUAGCAUGUCCCACUUAGAAGCACUCUUUGUAAAUAUGUUAAGAGGCUUUUAGAAAAAGAAACAGGAGGUUGUAAAAUAUGCCUUCUUAUUUCUCCCUUCUCCACCCACCCCAGUCCCAGUUCAUCCAGUUUUCAAAGACUUUGUAUAACUUGUUUCACGGAGACCCAGAAGAGGAGCUGCUCUAUCGCGCCAUUGCCACCGUCACCAGCCUCUUGCUGAAGAUGGAGGAGGUUGGCCGAAGACUCCAGAGCCCCACUUUGCCAGCCAAGAGCAUGGCCCCUUCCACCUCCAACUUGGGCGCAGAAGAUGCCCGGAAGCCCCCAGAGGCUCAGCCUACCCCACAGAUUGAAAGAGGUGGACCUCAGAGCCCACGCAGACCUGACGAAUGGUCGUUUGCCUUUGAGCAGCUGCUGGCGUCUUUACUAAAUGAACCUGCUUUGGUGAGAUUUUUCGAGAAGCCAGUAGAUGUCUCAGCCAAGUUGGAAAAUGCUAAAGUUUCUCAGUUGAAAGCGAAGGCCAGAGUAUAGCACCUGCCUGACGCUCCGCACAGAGGCACUUGGAAGGACGGAGGGCUGUUUGUGAGCUCAGCAUCUUGAGUUUGUCAGGAGUUGGGGGGGGGGGGUUAAAGAUUCAGCUCAAUUCCCCUCUACGCCAUAGGCAGGGUUGUUUGUGUUUUUGCAAAGUUAAAAUAAGCAUAGCUUGAAGGACAAUUUGCACCUAAAUUUUGCAUUUUUAGUACACCUGGGAGACUUAAACCACAUCAGCCAACACAAGCCAACUUGGAAGGGAAUAGAAAGCUGGUCUGUCAGGGGCAAAGCUGGGGGUGGUUCGUGGUUGUUGUUUUCCCAAACCACCGUUUCGUGUUAAUAGUUCUCACGCUGAAUGUAAUGUCUGCCACUUUUGCUGCAGAGUGGUGUUAUCCUUUACCUAUUCUGUUGUAACUGUUGGUUGGAUUUCCAAAGAAUUGCUUCUUAAGCUCUGAAUGUAGAAUUUGUUUCCUGCUUUGGGAGAGAUAUUUUUUGAUGGUCAGUUGAGCGUGGCUGUUUAAAAGGGGGGGGGGGAGCUGUGUUGUUUCUGUGAAUGGGACCAAGUGCUGCUUUUGAUCAUUACUGUUGUUGUUGUUUUUUAAAAAGUGGCUAGUUGAUACAAUCUCGGGGAGCUUCCAAACCCAGUUCACCUCCCCACUGUUUUAAUUUCUGGCCCUAGACCCUUUUACUUGUGGGAGGUCCUGUGGUUCCCUGACCAUGCUUACCCUAGAUUAGCCCAGUUCACAGCGGCAUGGAGACUACAUUGCGAUGGCGGCUUCCUUCCCAAAUCCACUCUGGUAAAGGGAAGAUGUCAUGGCUUCUUUCCAUUUCAGCAUCAUCUAGUGAAGGUGGCGCUAGAAUAGACAUGAACUGCAGCCUGGUGUCUUCACUCAGGUGCCCCCAGGAAGAACGAAGGAGACUUGCUCCUGUGGAUUUGGCUUUAGAUCGGGGGCGUUUAACAUUUUAGUUUAUCUUUUUACUCAGGGGCCACAUUCACCCUUGGACAGUGCUCCAGGGGCCAAAUCCCACUGCGUAGCCCAAAGUGUAGGCACCCCACAGUCUAAAAUGUUCACACACACAGCCUCUCCUUCAUGUUGAUCAGUUGAGGGUGGGGUGGGGGUUACUGUCCACUCAACAAAUGAUGUGUCUCAUGACCAAGAAUUGGGUGAUUUGCGUCCACAUCAGGGUGCUGGACCGUAUGGAGGGGUUUAAACAUCUCUGCCCACCCUGGCUAACAUGUCUGCAGUGUGUAUUUCUUUUUGCUGCCGCUGCCCAAACUGGUGUGGUCUUGGCGUGGGGAGUGGGGGGGGGGUGCAUUGCUUGGGACGGAGGUUGCAUCAGGUCCCUGGGGCUGCAGCCUUCCUUUAAAUCAUCUGCUUCCUUUUUGAGGUAGAAAUAAGGCCAGCAUAAAGCAGUUUUGUAAUACAGAUUGCAUGAUACUUGAAGGAUUAUUGUGAAGUUAAGGUGAACACUGUUGUGGAGAACUGUUCCCUGCUGGUGUCUUGUAUAUCUCUGUAGGCUUUUAGGACUAAGCCAGUUUCUAGUACCUGUUUAAUUGAAACACACAUGCGCGUGCGCACACAUGGGGCUUAUGGUCUCUUUCUUCACUUGUCUCUCUUUUGUUGACAUUGCUGAUGUCAUAAUGGUCAUAGGAAGCACUAAAAUUUCAACAAGCCCCUUCCUCCCAAAUAAUCUCCAGUGUCCCUGCAGGGUCUUUCUCAGCCAAAUGGAGCUAGCUGAUGCUAGAAGAGGAAAUGGCAGUUCCAAUUCAGAACUAUGUUCAUAGUGCAGUUUGAGUGAUGAGAAAGCCUGGCGAAUCCAUAACUCUCCAUGGCUCAGGUGAACCAAUUUCUUUUGAUUUUCAAAGCAUGUCAUCCAAUAGAUCUGUUUACAAAUUGUAAGGAAAUUAUCUUCCAGAACCUUGUAGGUACAAUCUUUUAUAUGCAGAAUGACCAGCAUACAUACUAUAUGUACUAAUCAGAUUUUGAGUACCAGUGACAGAGGUACUGUGUUUAGGGUUCUUUCUCUCUGUGUGUUUGUGUCUCCCCUCAGGUCUUUUUUUUAAAAAAGCAUUUGAAAUGUGCAGACUUCUUAUCUAACCAAACAGCCUCUGGUGAUAUGUGCAAAGUAGAUAUUUGCUAGCAAUGGGCAUAUUUGCUCAAGACAAGGAAGAAUGAGCUUUCCAGCUCUGAAGGAAAAAGCUUUAACAACUGGCAAGGCAGAGGAGGAGAAAUCAGUCCACUUACUCUUAGCCUCUUUGGACCUUUCUAUCUGCAUCCCCGACAAGGCUUAAUCUUAAUUAUGAGUAUUUUGAAACAGAUCCAAAGUUUUCCGCUAAAAGAACCUUCGGUCUAAAUUAUAUGCAAAUAAACCAGCACUGUGGAAGGCGUAUGUUGCCUUCUAAAAGGGACUGAUUUCUGUUUGUCUCUGUUGCCCAGGGAGGUGGGCCUUUAGAUCGCAACCCACACACCUUGCCAACAAAUGCAGCUUGGAUAUUGGGAGCAGAUGAUUCUUUACAAACUUGUUUUCCACGCUUACGUGUCUUUUCCCCUUAUCUCUUUCCCAUUCUUUAAGGAUGGAAUCUUGAGUUCUCUUCCACAUGACAAAACAGAAAGAUCCAUUUUCUUAAUAUUAUUCUGGAUUUAUUUUUCCAAACAGUUGCUCAGUUCAAUAUGGGCAAUAUGUUAAACCGUGCAGCCUGAUUCCUCCCCACACCCCUUUCAAAAUACUCCAUUUUUAAGUUCCUACAGGAAACUCUUAUUUACCGAAAUCCAGUUGUUUUCCUCUUGGCUGCCUGAAAUGAAACCUUCAGUCGAUGUUUUCCAGGAAGCAACAGAAGUCCUGACCUGGGAAUUAAACAGGACCUCACAGCUGUUGUUUACCAGGCAGUAUUAUACCUAUGCAUAUCUAUUUCAGCUUUAUGCAUGCAAGCUGGGAAAUGACAUUUUUGAAUGCUUCUCCUUGUGAAAGACUCCUUAUUAAUGUGAAGCUUAGCAGGGAAAAAAAUUAAAAAGCUUCACUCUGAUGCAUUAGUUUUCUGCUUGCAGGUUUUCCUUUUUUUUUCUCUAAAAACAGAAAGUGGGAGAACUUGCAGAAAUGAUAUCACCCUGUUGCCAUCUUAAGUGAGGAAGUCUCUUCUACUGCCACAGUCUGUUUUAUGCACCUAGCCUUGGAGAGGAUGUUUCUAACAUAGGGACUCCAGUCCCUUUACUCUGGUAAAAAAACAAGUAUUUUAGCUUUGUGUUGGAUGGGAUUGCUGUAGUCUCUCCUUCACCACAUAAAAAGAAGUUUAUUAAGACAGAACUUUAAAGCAAGGGCUCUGAAUGGGCAAGUUGGGAUCAACACCUUCCAUGAAAAGCAUUUUUCUUUUCUUUUAAACCUACUCUAGGGAUUGAAUUCCUUGGCAGUAGUUUUGAUCGAAGUCUACUAUCCAUUUCUUAGUGUGCUUAGAUGGUGGAACGCCACUGGGUCUGGGUUUCAUGUUUGUGCCAUGCUGUUGUUGUUUUUUUCCAGUGGUACUUGCUGCAAUCCAAAUAUCUGAAUAUCUUCCUGAGAGUCGCCUCUGCAGUUACCAGAGCAUGCAUGCAUUCUCUCUUUCUCGAUCACACACAGGUGCUCUAGGCAUUCUAUGCAGCUGAAAUAUAGAACAUUUGUAGCUGAGGAGCAGUAGAACAGAGCAAUGAAGCUUUAGAUCCAUGGUGGCUAAGUUGCAAAAUAAUGAGGUCAUUUGGCACAUAACACUAGGGGUGAUGGGAUGCAUAGAGGGUUAGAUUAUCAGCUGCCAUUAACUGUUCAGAGCAGGUUACUGAGCAAAUACCUGUCAAAGUGAAGACUUCUCACACUAUUGCAAACUCCAGCAGUUUUCGGGGGUGGGGGGAUUCUACCUGUUGCGCAGGUAGAAAAGUCUGGUGGGCAGAGAGCCUUUUUAGUAAGAUCUGAUUGCACAGGGACUUCACUAAAGCGUGGGGGUAGUAUCAGGUGACUUCACUGUAGGUCACCUGAUCAGAGAUAAAUUUUCACUAACAACUGCAAUGAUUGUUCAUUGCUGUAGUGUGUAGCCAUGCUGUUGCCUCACAAGUUGUAACUUUUAUAAUACAGUUUGCCAAAGAUGCAGCUGUAAUUUCUUAGGGAGAACAACAACAACAAAAAGAUGUAUUUAUCUGCCUUCUUCAAAGUUCCUCAUCUUAAUGGCUGUCUAACAAACAACUUAUGGAGAGAAAUAUUGAAAUAAGCUUACAAAAAAGUACGCGUGUAAUUGUCUUUAAGAAUAAAUUUCUAAAUAAGAUGAAUAUGGUAUGUUUUCCAGAGGAACUGGAUUAUUUUAUCCUUUUUGCUACCAAGGAAAUAAAAUAUGUUUAUGUGCUGGCUUUUUGUAUUUUGAUGACCAUGUUCUGUACACAGCAAAUUCACUGUAUCUUUAAUGAGAGGAGAUGAAUAAAUGAUCAUUUCAUGGAAGCAGGGCAGGUGGAAACCUGACUCACAAUAUGCCUCUGACUGUCCAUGGUUAAAAUGUUGAUGGUAGGAUUUUCCACUGUGUUUUCUUGGGGAGGGGGCAGAGGGGAGAUGUUCAGAGUAGACCCU